UUUCUGUUGUUAGCUGACAAUGCUAAUUGAAAGCUGCCAUCUUCCAACUACCUAAUAAGGGGGACUCAUAUAAAAAUGGUACAGCUAAACAGGUGUGCCGAAAAGAAGGUACUAAAAGUGGAUCUUUAACUCCUAAUUUAACAGUGAGUAAGAAUGUGAAGUGGCAGGAAUACCAACUGACUUUAUAGCUCGUUAAUGAAUGUAAAAGUGAUGAAAUUUUAACUUUGUAAAAUAAUAACCUGUGCCCACAUUCUUUUUAAUUUCUCAGGGAGAGUUUGACUCACUCUCAUAAUGAUCAUGGUUUAACUUGUUUUGUUUUUUACUCAGCAGAGUCUGUGGCGUUUUGACCUAAAAACAAUACCAACCGUUUUUAAAUGUUGCAUUUUUUAGAGUUCAGCUGCACUGUGAUUUGGUGUUUUCAAUUCCAGGUGUGAUCCCAUCUUUCCAGGAUUCCAGGGAACUGUUUUGUUUUCGCACAACUACGAAACAUAAAAAGCCUUUCUCUAUUCCUCUCUUUGCUUCCCUCCUUCUGUCUGAAACCCGGACAGAAGGUUUGUGAGGUUGGGAAAGGCAAGCCAAGCAAACGUGUCGUCUGUUUACUCACUGAAUAUCUAUCAGAUGUCUGGCAUUUUCAUGCUUCUCUGUUGUCGAAUACAUUCAUCUAGUAUUCAGUCUUCUCUUUCUCGAGAAGUCAAAGUCUCCCAGCACCUCAGCCAGGGAUGCAGCAACUGUUGGAGAGUGUUUACACACACACUGGCGUGCACACAGCCCCACCAAAACGGGGAUAACAGGCCUCUGCAUUGAGCUAUAAACACGUCCUCUCCACCUGUUAAAACAGAGUUUUAUGAGCUCUGUUAUGGAGCUUGAUGGGAUAUUACAUGUGCUCAGACCAUUAAACCCAGUCAAUAGGGUAUUACACACACACACACACGCACACACUCAACAUUUGAAUGGUUACACUUGAACCUGUUUUUUUUUUUUUUUUUUUUAAUGGUUUCAACAAACCGCAUAACAAUAGAUGCACGUAUCUCUGUAGGUCACCUUGGCAACAGAUAUCAAGCAGCCAAGGUUUUUUGUGGCAUUGUAGAAAUAAAAGAGUAUUGCAGAGAUACAUAAAUAUCUAUGAGGUAACAUGGAGUCCAUUCAUCAGCCCUCACAUGGUGUAAAGGCUGAUUGCUUCGAGCCUCUGCACAUUUGCUUUCUAGCCUCAAUGUAGGAUCCAAUCCCUGCUGAACGCUAUACGGGGGUCUGAGCAUUCAAGGCAGGCGCUGCUGAGACUCACUGUGAAUGUCAGAUGCAAAGACAGGGAGGUAGUGUGGCAGUUUUUGCUUGCAUUGCCAUGCUCUGCAUCUCAGGAUUUUCUCACCUAUAACACUUUCAUUUCUGUCUGACUCUUUCUCUGUUCAACCCUUUCUUAAAACCUCUCCACAGUUCAUCUUUGCUUUUUUUUAUUAUUAAUUUCAGUCUACAACACCAUACUAUAAGGCUGUCACUUUAAAAAGAAGCAAGUUUGAAUGAAUAUCCCACUUGACAUAAGACUUAACCUGCAGCAGAUGGUGUUAUUCAGGUCAAUAACAGUUUCAACAAUGUUUAAACUCAAACUCAUGGAACUAAAAACAGAUUUAAAAAAAUCUGGUUUAGACAGCUGCACAGGGACGUACACAUUUUAACUCAAUGACUCAUUAUUUAAACAACACCCUUCUUUUUAAGAACACAGUAUAAUCCUGCUCUUUAUUUAGUCUGGGGUAUUUUGUUGCUUGUAGAUUGUCAAUCCAGAAUGCCUCAUUUUGGUUCAGUUUUCUUUGUCUCUCACCUUUUCUAAUGAUCAGUGGGAUGUGGUCAAUACCAAUGAUUUGUAAUGAAGUUGGAUUGCUGCAUUGAACUCCAAGUAAUGUUUAGCCAUGGGGUAGUUAAUGUUUCCAGAUUUUAUUGUAUAUUUGUGUUCUGCAAGUCUAUCUUGUAGGCGUCUUUUAGUUCUGCCAAUGUAAAAAACCUUGCACAUGAGACAUUCUAGCCUGUAAAUAACAAAAGUGGUCUUGCAGUUGAUAAAGUGAUUGAUUUUCUAUUCUUUUUGUGAGUUUAAGUCCAAAAAGGUCUAAGUCUGUUUAACAUUUGUACAGUGGUUACAGUGACUGCAUUGAUAACACCCUUUUGGUUUUGAUCUCAGCCAUGACGUUGGGUAGUUGGGUUUGAGAAUACUGUGAAAAAGUUUAUCUUGUAGUGUUGAAUUUGACAAGAGCAGGCUAGGAGGCUGUGAAAAAAUGCUGCCAAAAAAGUUGUCCAUCACUCUGAAUAAUGUUCCAGUUUUUGUUUUAUCAUCUUUUUGGUGUUCUCUGCUUCAGUACUAAAUGUAGUGAAAACGACUGGUCAGUCCUGUGUUUGUUUGGGAGAAUUUCUCCCACAUGUUCUUGUACAUUACUGAGGUCAAGAGUGCCAUUCAACAGUCAGGUAACAAUGAGAGCGUACUCUCUUGGAUCAUAUGGCAAACAGCUUCAGAACAACAAUGCAUUCUGACACCUCACAUCAAAGUAACAGCACUACUAGUUUUUUUUAUUUUUUUUUUAUUCUCAGCUGUCAAUAGCAAGAACACCGGAAAGCACAUAUUUUUUGUUUCAUGUGAAUAUAUUUCUUUUUUCUUGGGGGUUUAUUUUAUGUUUUGUUAAUAUGAUUUUUUGUGUAUUUAUGUGUUCAACAAAGACAAAAUACAAAACGGGAUGACCAUUUCAAACCAACUGCAGUGUGUAAGAAAAAAAGUCACUUUGGGUCCUCUCAGUGGGGGUGGGUCCUCUCAGUGGAGAGAUCUGCAGUUAGACUUUCUGGGAUUAAUUAUUAGUUAAAUUAGUUUAUGAUGAACAGCAAGUACUUGAUAGAGUAAAACUGAAUGUUUUCCUGUGCUACACUGCCACCACGUGGAGGGAAGAGUAACUGCAGCCAGAUUCAUCUUACAAAUUUGAUAUCCAAACCUCCUAGCAAUUAUUGACUCCACACUGUUCUCUGUCUACUGUUACUGGGUUUAAGAUUGACAGUAUCUCUGCACUGGAGACAUGUUUUGGGGAAUGCAUCCAGUGUUAAAGGACCAAAUUUACCUUGUCAACAUCGCCAACUGUUUUGAAAUAAAGGCAGAUUUCUUCUCCGGCUGUAAUGACAAGGGAACUGAAAUAAUUUCCACAUUUGCAGCCAACUCAGUACAAGCUGAAAAAUUGUCAGUAGAUCCUUUUGUUUAAUGUGCAAACUCAAAACAAGAUAGCAAAAGUUCCACCUAACAAAACAAGUUCAGCAAACCACAGCUGCACUGUCACCCACUGAAGUAAUUUUAACAUGUUCUCACCACAUCAUGUGUAUGUGGACAGGAAGCAAACUAUCAAACGCUGACAUGAGCUGAUGUCGUUUUAGUAGCUUUCACUGGUAUGUCAGGAGUGUUCCUGCUUUGUGUAAUCUGGUUAAUUAUAAGUUCUUCACAGGGUAAUGAUUGCACAUCAUUGUUUUAUCUUGUUGGAUAGGUGACAUAAUCUACACAUAUUCUCCAACCUGUAUGACCAAAAAGCAGCUCAUCACCUCAGCAUUACAAGGCUUUACUCUCCAUCUUUUGGUAGGAUGGUUUUCCUGAUGGUAUUCUUCACAUUCGUUGCAUAGGGGAAUUUAAUGUCAAUAAAUGGUGCAAAGCCUGUGAGCUAGUUCAGGCAGUAAACUCGAGCUGCACUGAUUCCAACCUUGACAUGUGUCUUGGGUGCUCUAUUGAAGGUCCCUGCCUCUGCUUUGCCGUUUCCACUGCUGCCAUGCAUUAAUGUUGCCCUUAUGUUGUCACCCCCUCUACCACCCAUGCAUCCACCUGCAAGUUCUGACUCUCAGUGUCUUCAUUUAAAAAAGUUAAAGUUGUUUACUUAAAAUGAGCCUUACACAUCUAUAUAAAAAAGGGUCCUCUUCCCAUCUUACACCAGAUUUCUACAGUAGGAUGAAGUAGACAAACUCGUAACACAGGUGUUUAUGCAUUUGAUAAGCAGGGGUCCAAAAUGCACCAGUGUGAAGAUCAAGGAGAGAGUGGCUGUUAUGGGCAGUAGAAUUUGAACUUGAUUGAUGCUCUUGAUGGCCAAAACUCUAGAAACGGAGGAUUGUACUUAUCAUGUAUCACCAUAGCAUGUUGUCCUUGUCUUCACUGAUUGGAGCGGUAAGCAAGGAAGCUCAAUCAAUAAUCAGACCUCUAGAUAUGCCAUAUAUGCAGGGAAUGAGUGAAGAGGAGUUACAGGGAUUACAUGCUUCAAGCUAACAAAUCAUGGCAUGUAGCAUUUGUAUAAUGGUAUAAUUGUAAAAUCAUCUUUGGAUUUUUGUGUGUGUUGUUUUAUCUGACAACUGUUGUAUUCUUGACUCCAUUAUUGUAGGUUUACCUAAAUAUAGCUGUGUGUGAUCGCAGUAUAUCAGCUCUGUAACUUUUUACUCUGAGCAAAGUGUUUAUGUCGGGUUAUGCAGAUUUAGCCACACUCAUUUUUCCGGCUUGUUAGCAACAGGUAGCCUUUGUACUAAACAAUCCAAACUUUGUCUGUCCGUGAGAACUGGAGCUACUCUUGUUGAGCUCAUCCUACCCUGGGGCAAUACACUGCCGUACUGUGUGUUUCCAGUUAGCUAUUAAACCAAUUUUCUUGCAAAUGGGCCUUCAGGAAAUUUUGGGGUGGGGUUUUCACAGAGUUGCAGGAGGGGCUUGUUUGUCAAGUAUCAGCAAACUCGAUAAGAAUCGCACACUCCACCUGUAGAGGUAAGUCUGAGCUUUAGCAUCAUUUUUGCCUUUUUAGCCUACCUACUGUUUUAUAGAGGCUACAGAAUGACCCAGCUGACUAUCACAUAUUCAUCACAGACCUCUCUCUCUCUCUUACACACACGAGCUUCAUGCAUGUCAGCUCUGAUCUUCAAUCUUUUCACUUGUGUCUAUUUUAGUUUGACCGUGCACAAGUGGUGAGCAGUCAGUCUGACUAUGCGUUCUAUCAGCCGACAGUAACAGUAAGUCACUUCUCUACGUGAAACUGUGUUUUCUUGGCUCUGCAGUAAGUUUUGCAAAGUUCCUGCCUCUUCAGCAAAGAACACCUAGCAACAGUUACUUCUUUUUUAGUUGUCUUUGUUUCUGGAGAAGUCAGGGGAGUCUUUCUAUUACUCAGAGGCAGGAACAAGAAAAUUGGAGUAGACAAGACAUGUUAGAGUGUCUUUUUUCUUUUCUUUUCUUUUCUUUGUGUGUGAGUUUUUCAGUAUAUAUCUGGAAUUUGAUGCUUGGAAACAACAGGUUAGAAAUAUCCUUUUAAAGAUGUUGCACUUAUAUUUCAGCUAGUGUUGGCCCAGAGAGUGUCAGCCACAGUACAAGGCCGACAAAACUUAACAGUACAGUCAAGUUAAGGCUCAAAAAGAAAUGUAGUAAAAUUGUGUUCUCUAAAUCUGCAUAUUAUAUGUAAUCUUGUAUAUUUUUGUCUGACUUCAAGAUAUGGAGGCGACGGCUAAGUAUGAUUAUGAAGCAUCAGAUUCUGAUGAACUCAGCUUCAGAAAGGAAGAGCGACUGAAGGUUAAGCAAAACACACUCACACACGCACACUGUAUGAAACAGUACUGCAUUUUUCAGUUGCUGAGCUCUUCACCAGGAUGUAAAAAACAUAUCUGGAAAAAAGAUUCAAAUUUAUGUCUGCGGUGAAGCGCCUAUGAAAACAAGUGAUACACAGAUUACAGUGGAAAUAAAGACAGUGUUUUCAUCUGUGUAAUGACACUGAUGUGUGACCACCAUUUCAGGACACAAACAAUUUCUAGUCAACAACUGCAGAGUAUGGAUUUAUGAUUUUUAUUUUGCAAACAGAUGAGGAUUGUGGCUCUCAGUGUUUAGGGAGUGAAAAUGAAUACAGUCAUCAUAAACUUGUGGCGAUUCAUGGUCAACUAUAUUAACAAACUCUUCAGCCUCAAAGAAACUUUUCACGUACGUUAAACAUAGAAAACCACAACCACAAAUACACACAGACACAAAGACAAUGAUGAAAAUAGAGUUGUGGAACUUAGCACCACUUAAUAAAUAAACUCUGUUCCAACUGAGAGCAUUUUAUUAAUUUUCUUAUUGGUGUUGUUGUAAAAUAAAUAAAAACCUCAGUUUGGUCUGUUCUCCAUAAAAAAUUGUUGACUUAAAUUCCGCUGAAUGGAGACUGAUUUUUAGGGCCCGAGCGUAGCUGCUAAGCAGCUGCGAGAGCCCUCUUGUUCCUGCAUGUUUCCUUCUUUCGUUAGGGCCCGAGCGUAGCUGCUAAGCAGCUGCGAGAGCCCUCUUGUUAGGGCCCGAGCGUAGCUGCUAAGCAGCUGCGAGAGCCCUCUUGUUCCUGAUGGAUUCUUCUUUAGGGCCCGAGCGUAGCUGCUAAGCAGCUGCGAGAGCCCUCUUGUUCCUGAUGGAUUCUUCUUUAGGGCCCGAGCCAGCUGCAGAGCAGCCGGGCGUAGGCCCUGUUAUUCCUGUAGGGGUUUUUCUUUGUUUCUUUCUUUCUUCUUUUUCCUCCCCUUUGAACUGGAAAAUGGCCCACUUCCCACUGGCGAAAACUCAGGAAAUUUGGCAGGACGACCGGGCCUGGUGAAAAAUUUGAUAUUCCAAAGUCGCCCAAACAAGAAAAUGCAAAAUGGCUCCAUAGCGCCCCCUAAGGUGAAAAUUCACACUAUUGACUGUCACGCCUGUACGCUUUGUCAAAAUGACACAAAAAUUGACACACACAUGUAUCUCAAUAAGAUCUACAAAAAAGUCAGUGCGGGCGUAUCUGUCAAAUGUACGGUUAAAGGGUUAUUCCGCAUUUUUUGCCGAUCCGCACACAUUGGAAUUUCGCUAACUCCUCCUAAGGCUUUCGUUCCACCGGCACCACAUUUGCUCAGGCCAAUCUACACCCCAUGGCCAUUAAAAGUUAUCAAAAUCAUGACGCUGCACCCCACGGUUUAGGUUCUAGGGGGCGCCAAAGAUAACCCUAAAAUCCACAUAUUUAAAAGUCUUAUAACUUUUUAUUUUUGUCCUCACUGGCCUCCAAGUUUUCUAGGAUGAUGCAAUGUCCAGCCAUCAACACAUUUGUAAAGGAAUUUUUACUCCCCAAAAGAGCGCCCCCCCAUGGCAGGAGAAAAAAGUCCAUUUUUUCUUGUCCCCUAAGGUGAAAAUACACAUUGUUGAGUGUCACGCCUAUACGCUUUGUCAAAAUGACACAAAAAUUGACACACACAUGUAACUCAAUAAGAUCUACGAAAAAGUCAAUGCGCGCAUAUCUGUCAAAUGUACGGUUAAAGGGUUAUUCCGCAUUUUUUGCCGAUCCGCACACAUUGGAAUUUCGCUAACUCCUCCUAAGGCUUUCGUUCCACCGGCACCACAUUUGCUCAGGCCAAUCUACACCCCAUGGCCAUUAAAAGUUAUCAAAAUCAUGACGCUGCACCCCACGGUUUAGGUUCUAGGGGGCGCCAAAGAUAACCCUAAAAUCCACAUAUUUAAAAGUCUUAUAACUUUUUAUUUUUGUCCUCACUGGCCUCCAAGUUUUCUAGGAUGAUGCAAUGUCCAGCCAUCAACACAUUUGUAAAGGAAUUUUUACUCCCCAAAAGAGCGCCCCCCAUGGCAGGAGAAAAAAGUCCAUUUUUUCUUGUCCUCUAAGGUGAAAAUACAUAUUGUUGAGAUUCACGCCUAUACGCUUUGUCAUAUUGACACAACAUUUGACAAUCACGUGCCUUGCCUGGUAUCAUUUUUUUCAGCACAACCUCACCUGUGCGAAUUUACAGUUAUUUUAUCAUGUUGACAUACUGAAUUUACACAAUGGACCCAAAUUCACACACAAAACAUAAAAUCCGAGUGGAAAAAAGUAACAUUUUACUGUGAAAACCACAAAUAUGUGUGAUGAACUGUUUUUAAAACUUAAACUUCAAAUAAAAAUUGUAAACUUCAAAACAUAUGCAAAUUUUUAACAAAGAACAUAGUGAUUUACCUCUAUUUACAUCAAAAUGCAGGCAAUGGCCCAGGCGUUCUUUGUAAAAUUAUUUACAAAACACUGUAUAGUCUCACAAAUGUCACUUUUUAUUUAUGCCACUACAAAAAAACAUGAUGUAAAUGAUGCAUGAUGUAAAACAUGAUGUAAAAAACUUGUGUAGAUCCUCCUCUAUGUCAGUCCAUGUGUAAUUUUUCCAUAAUUCUUUGUUUUUUGCAGCAUUUUUGUUAGUGUAACUGCAGAUUGUGCUGACAGUGUCUAUGGCACAAAAAAAAAAAAAUUAAUUAAAAUGCCUCAACAUGAACCCCUGGUGGUCUCUGAGGGUGAAACCUGCUAACUGCUGCAGCUCUGUCAGCUUCAGUCUCCCAUGCAGAGCUCUGAGCGCAUGUGUGGCUCUGCACCCUUAGCAGCGUUGCUAACUCCUCAGUAAGGAAAGCCUGCUUCAUGUCAGAGUCUCUAAACUCCAGAAGAAGUCGAUAAAAGUCCCUUUCUUUCUAAAAAAAAGUCGUUAGGGGGUCUGAAAAGUCAUUGAAUCUAACAACAAAGUCGCUAGGUUUGCAACUACGUGUCCCAGACUGCAUCCCUGCUGAGAGUCCCUCCCUCCCUUCUCAUGUUGCAGGAAGAACGUAAGCGCCCCCCUUGUCAAUCAGUCACCAUAUAAUUUUGGAUUGGUUGUUGUGGUGAAGUUUUCCACCAAUAGGAGAGAUGUUGUGGUGUGUUUUUUUUUUCUUUUGGCAAGCCUUUUCCGCCUGUAAGAGCUGUCGCUAAUGUCUGCAUGCUAUGUUUUCCUGUCUCAUACAGCGCGAUCGAGCGCCGAACGUGAUCAAAAUAAGCAGAAAAAAAGUAUUGCGGACAUAAUUUAUCAUAACUCUGGUUUUAUUUGGCCUAUCAACACAAUUUAAAAACUGGUAUAUAGCUUGAGGUCCUCACUUUUGAGAUAAGUUGAAACGGAGAGUCAACGAGGCUCCGUCUUGCAGCUACAUCCGGUUAAAUAUGUCAUGUGACUUGAACGCACACACAGACACACACACACGCACACGCACACACACACACACACACACACACACACACACACACACACACUCAGAGUCUGGUUUUUAGCACCUGCAAAAACAUGCUAUUUACAUAUUUGACAAGAAUGCAGAGGCUCCUUUUGCCCCUGAAAAAAAUCAAAUUUCAAACACAACUUGACUGGUCAUUUCUCCAAAAGACAACCAUGAAGCUCCAUCCAAACCUGAAGCAGGCAGUUGGUGCAUGUGUACAGUAACCUGAGGGGAGUGAGGUGAGUGCUUCUGAGGAGAACAUGAGCAGUGAAGAUUCACCUUGGAGCUAGAACAGAGACAUGCACAUGAUUAUACAGGGGCAGGGGCUCAAGUUUUUUCCAGUCGUUUAUACAAUAUGGAAAUUAAUGUGAAAUUAAAACACAAAGUAUUAAUAGAAAGGUAAUGACUGUCCUGUGUAGGUGACAGUGAUAUCCAAUAGGCUAGGCACUCACGAGGCUGGCUGUGGCAAGUGUAAGUGAAAGCAACACGCACUGGCAGGAAGAACAGCAAACGCAGAUGAAGGAAAAGGGUCUUUGCAGUGAUGGGCGUUACCAGAGAGGGCGAUGGCCAGAGGACACAAAUGGGACGGGGAGGCAGCACGUUGGGGGGGGGGGACGCGACACGGCUCGGGCCCGCCAGUGCCCCAACGGGGUCCUAGUUAGGGCCCGAGCGUAGCUGCUAAGCAGCUGCGAGAGCCCUAUUAUUCCUGAUGGAUUCUUCUUUCUUCUUCUUCUUCUUAUUAUUAUUUUUCUGCCCCUUUGAACUGGAAAAUGGCCCACUUCCCACUGGUGAAAAGUCAUGAAAUUUGGCAGGACGACCGGGCCUGGUGAAAAAUUCGAUAUUCUGAAGUCGCCCAAAAAAUCAAAUGCAAAAUGGCUCCAUAGCGCCCCCUAAGGUGAAAAAUUCACAUGAUUGAGUGUCACGCCUGUACGCUUUGUCAAAAUGACACAAAAUUUGACACACACGUGUAUCUCAAUAAGAUCUACAAAAAAGUCAGUGCGGGCGUAUCUGUCAAAUGUACGGUUAAAGGGCUAUUUUGCAUUUUUUGCCGAUCCGCACACAUUGGAAUUUCGCUAACUCCUCCGAAGGCUUUCGUUCCACCGGCACCAAAUUUGCUCAGGCCAAUCUACACCCCAUGGCCAUUAAAAGUUGUACAAAUCAUGACGCUGCAUCCCACGGUUUACGUUCUAGGGGGCGCCAAAGAUAACCCAGAAAUCCACAUUCUUAAAAGUCGUAUAACUUUUUAUUUUUGUCCUCACUGGCCUCCAAGUUUUCUAGGAUGAUGCAAUGUCCAGCCAUCAACACAUUUGUGAAGGAAUUUUUACUCCCCAAAAGAGCGCCCCCCCAUGGCAGGAGAAAAAAGUCCAUUUUUUCUUGUCUCCUAAGGUGAAAAUUCACACUAUUGACUGUCACGCCUUUACGCUUUGUCAUAUUGACACAAAAAUUGACACACACAUGUAUCUCAAUAAGAUCUACAAAAAAGUCAGUGCGGGCGUAUCUGUCAAAUGUACGGUGAAAGGGCUAUUUCGCAUUUUUUGCCGAUCCGCACACAUUGGAAUUUCGCUAACUCCUCCGAAGGCUUUCGUUCCAAAGGCACCACAUUUGCUGAGGCCAAUCUACACCCCAUGGCCAUUAAAAGUUGUCCAAAUCAUGACGCUGCACCCCACGGUUUACGUUCUAGGGGGCGCCAAAGAUAACCCAAAAAUCCACAGUCUUAAAAGUCUUAUAACUUUUUAUUUUUGUCCUCACUGGCCUCCAAGUUCUCUAGGAUGAUGCAAUGUCCAGCCAUCAACACAUUUGUGAAGGAAUUUUUACUCGCCAAAAGAGCGCCCCCCCCAUGGCAGGAGAAAAAAGUCCAUUUUUUCUUGUCUCCUAAGGCGAAAAUACACAUUGUUGACUGUCACGCCUUUACGCUUUGUCAAAAUGACACAAAAUUUGACACACACAUGUAUCUCAAUAAGAUCUACAAAAAAGUCAGUGCGGGCGUAUCUGUCAAAUGUACGGUUAAAGGGUUAUUUCGCAUUUUUUGCCGAUCCGCACACAUUGGAAUUUCGCUAACUCCUCCUAAAUCUUUUGUCCCAUCGGCUUCAAAUUUGCUCAGGUCAAUCUACACCCCAUGGCCAUUCAAAGUUGUACAACUCAUGACGCUGCACCCCACGGUUUACGUUCUAGGGGGCGCCAAAGAGGACCCAAAUAUCCACAUUUUUAAAAGUCUUAUAACUUUUUAUUUUUGUCCUCACUGGCCUCCAAGUUUUCUAGGAUGAUGCAAUGUCCAGCCAUCAACACAUUUGUGAAGGAAUUUUUUCUCCCCAAAAGAGCGCCCCCCCAUGGCAGGAGAAAAAAAUCCAUUUUUUCUUGUCCCCUAAGGUGAAAAAACACAUUGUUGACUGUCAUGCCUAUACGCUUUGUCAAAAUGACACAAAAUUUGACACACACGUGUAUCUCAAUAAGAUCUACGAAAAAGUCAAUGGGCACGUAUCUGUAAAAUGUACGGUUAAAGGGCUAUUUCGCAUUUUUUGCCGAUUCGCACACAUUGGAAUGUGGCUAACUCCUCCUAAGGCUUUCGUCCCACCAACACCAAAUUUGCUCAAGCCGAUCUACAUCCCAUGGCCAUUCAAAGUUGUAGAAAUCAUGACGCUGCUCCCCACGGUUGACGUUCUAGGGGGCGACAAAGAUGACCCAAAUAUCCACAUUCUUAAAAGAAUCCACAUCCCCCAAGGCAGGAGAAAAAGUCAAGUUAACCCUGCCCAUCGGUCAAUGGCUCAAUCGCAUCGCUCUCCCGGCAACACCGUAAGGAGGAGCAACUUGCCAUUUGGAUAUAUCCUAGCUGUGUUUGUGCCCUCACUCAUGGUCCAGACUUUUUUCAAAUAGGACAUGUAGUUUGUCUGCAGCGAGUGUUUUGGUAGAAACUGCGCCUCCCAUUUAUUAUAAUGGGAAAUGACCACAGACAAGUGCGCACACCAUCUUUGGACCUUGAGUGUGACGCGAUCGGGAGGGGGAGGCGGUCGCGCUGGGGGCGGCGCGACGCGGCUCGGGCCCGACAGUGCCCCACCGGGGCCCUAGUUAUUAUUUUUCCUCCGCUUUAAACUGGAAAAUGGCCCACUUCCCACUGGCGAAAACUCAUGAAAUUUGGCAGGACGACCGGGCCUGGUGAAAAAUUCGAUAUUCUGAAGUCGCCCAAACAAGAAAAUGCAAAAUGGCUCCAUAGCGCCCCCUAAGGUAGAAAUUCACACUAUUGACUGUCACGCCUGUACGCUUUGUCAUAUUGACACAAAAAUUGACACACACAUGUAUCUCAAUAAGAUCUACAAAAAAGUCAAUGCGCGCGUAUCUGUCAAAUGUACGGUUAAAGGGUUAUUUUGCAUUUUUUGCAGAUCCGCACACAUUGGAAUUUCGCUAACUCCUCCGAAGGCUUUCGUUCCACCGGCACCACAUUUGCUCAGGCCAAUCUACACUCCAUGGCCAUUCAAAGUUGUACAAAUCAUAAUGCUGCACCCCAUGGUUUAGGUUCUAGGGGGCGCCAAAAAUAACCCAAAAAUCCACAUUCUUAAAAGUUUUAUAAAUUUUUUUUUUUUUCCUCACUGGCCUCCAAGUUUUCUAGGAUGAUGCAAUGUCCAGCCAUCAACACAUUUGUGAAGGAAUUUUUACUCCCCAAAAGAGCGCCCCCCCAUGGCAGGAAUAAAAAGUCCAUUUUUUCUUGUCCCCUAAGGUGAAAAUACACAUUGUUGAGUGUCACGCCUGUACGCUUUGUCGUAUUGACAAAAAAUUUGACACACACGUGUAUCUCAAUAAGAUCUACGAAAAAGUCAAUGGGCGCGUAUCUGUAAAAUGUACGGUUAAAGGGCUAUUUUGCAUUUUUUGCCGAUUCGCACACAUUGGAAUGUGGCUAACUCCUCCUAAGGCUUUCGUCCCACUGACACCAAAUUUGCACAGGCCAAUCUACACCCCAUGGCCAUUCAAAGUUGUAAAAAUCAUGCCGCUGCACCCCAUGGUUUACGUUCUAGGGGGCGCCAAAGAUGACCCAAAUAUCCACAUUCUUAAAAGUCGUUUUGGCCACUGCAGGAGUACAGAGUACUGCAGGAUACACACACACAGACACACACACACACAGACACACACACACACACACACACACACACACACACACACACACACACACACUCAGAGUCUGUUUUUUAGCACCUGCAAAAACAUGCUAUUUACAUAUUUGACAACAAUGCAGAGGCUUCCUUUUGCCCCUGAAAAAAAUCAAAUUUCUAACACAACUUGACUGCUCAUUUCUCCAAAAGACAACCAUGAAGCUCCAUCCAAACCUGAAGCAGGCAGUUGGUGCAUGUGUACAGUAACCUGAGGGGAGUGAGGUGACUGCUUCUGAGGAGAACAUGAGCAGUGAAGAUUCACCUUGGAGCGAGAACAGGGACGUGCACAUGAUUACACGGGGGCAGGGGCUCAAGUUUUUUCCAGUCGUUUAUACAAUAUGGAAAUUAAUGUGAAAUUAAAAAACAAAGUAUUAAUAGAAAGGUAAUGACUGUCCUGUGUAGGUGACAGUGAUAUCCAAUAGGCUAGGCACUCACGAGGCUGGCUGUGGCAAGUGUAAGUGAAAGCAACACGCACUGGCAGGAAGAACAGCAAACGCCGAUGAAGGAAAAGGGUCUUUGCAGUGAUGGGCGUUACCAGAGAGGACGAUGGCCAGAGGACGCGAAUGGGACGGGGAGGCAGCGCGUUGGGGGGGGGGGGGGGGGCGACACAGCUCGGGCCCGCCAGUGCCCCAACGGGGCCCUAGUGUUAUUAGGGCCCGAGCGUAGCUGCUAAGCAGCUGCGAGAGCCCUAUUAUUCCCCAAGGGGUUUUUCUUUGUUUCUUUCUUUCUUUCUUUCUUCUUUUUCCUCCCCUUUGAACUGGAAAAUGGCCCACUUCCCACUGGCGAAAACUCAGGAAAUUUGGCAGGACGACCGGGCCUGGUGAAAAAUUCGAUAUUCUGAAGUCGCCCAAACAAUAAAAUGCAAAAUGGCUCCAUAGCGCCCCCUAAGGUGGAAAUUCACACUAUUGACUGUCACGCCUGUACGCUUUGUCAUAUUGACACAAAAAUUGACACACACAUGUAUCUCAAUAAGAUCUACAAAAAAGUCAGUGCGGGCGUAUCUGUCAAAUGUACGGUUAAAGGGUUAUUUCGCAUUUUUUGCCGAUCCGCACACAUUGGAAUUUCGCUAACUCCUCCGAAGGCUUUCGUUCCACCGGCACCACAUUUGCUCAGGCCAAUCUACACCCCGUGGCCAUUAAAAGUUAUCAAAAUCAUGACGCUGCACCCCAAGGUUUAGGUUCUAGGGGGCGCCAAAGAUAACACUAAAAUCCACAUAUUUAAAAGUCUUAUAACUUUUUAUUUUUGUCCUCACUGGCCUCCAAGUUUUCUAGGAUGAUGCAAUGUCCAGCCAUCAACACAUUUGUGAAGGAAUUUUUACUCCCCAAAAGAGCGCCCCCCCAUGGCAGGAGAAAAAAGUCCAUUUUUUCUUGUCCCCUAAGGUGAAAAUACACAUUGUUGACUGUCACGCCUUUACGCUUUGUCAAAAUGACACAAAAAUUGACACACACAUGUAACUCAAUAAGAUCUACGAAAAAGUCAAUGCGCGCGUAUCUGUCAAAUGUACGGUUAAAGGGUUAUUCCGCAUUUUUUUCCGAUCCGCACACAUUGGAAUUUCGCUAACUCCUCCGAAGGCUUUCUGUCCACCGGCACCACAUUUGCUCAGGCCAAUCUACACCCCAUGGCCAUUAAAAGUUAUUCAAAUCAUGACGCUGCACCCCACGGUUUAGGUUCUAGGGGGCGCCAAAGACAACCCUAAAAUCCACAUAUUUAAAAGUCUUAUAACUUUUUAUUUUUGUCCUCACUGGCCUCCAAGUUUUCUAGGAUGAUGCAAUGUCCAGCCAUCAACACAUUUGUGAAGGAAUUUUUACUCCCCAAAAGAGCGCCCCCCCAUGGCAGGAGAAAAAAGUCAAUUAGGGCCCGAGCCAGCUGCAGAGCAGCCGGGCGUAGGCCCUAUUAUUCCCCAAGUGGUUUUUCUUUGUUUCUUUCUUUCUUUCUUUCUUUAGGGCCCGAGCCAGCUGCAGAGCAGCCGGGCGUAGGCCCUAUUAUUCCCCAAGAGGUUUUUCUUUGUUUCUUUCUUUCUUUCUUUCUUUCUUCUUUUUCCUCCCCUUUGAACUGGAAAAUGGCCCACUUCCCACUGGCGAAAACUCAUGAAAUUUGGCAGGACGACCGGGCCUGGUGAAAAAUUCGAUAUUCUGAAGUCGCCCAAACAAUAAAAUGCAAAAUGGCUCCAUAGCGCCCCCUAAGGUGGAAAUUCACACUAUUGACUGUCACGCCUGUACGCUUUGUCAUAUUGACACAAAAAUUGACACACAUAUGUAUCUCAAUAAGAUCUACAAAAAAGUCAGUGCGGCCGUAUCUGUCAAAAUUACGGUUAAAGGGUUAUUUCGCAUUUUUUGCCGAUCCGCACACAUUGGAAUUUCGCUAACUCCUCCGAAGGCUUUCGUUCCACCGGCACCACAUUUGCUCAGGCCAAUCUACACCCCGUGGCCAUUAAAAGUUAUCAAAAUCAUGACGCUGCACCCCAAGGUUUAGGUUCUAGGGGGCGCCAAAGAUAACACUAAAAUCCACAUAUUUAAAAGUCUUAUAACUUUUUAUUUUUGUCCUCACUGGCCUCCAAGUUUUCUAGGAUGAUGCAAUGUCCAGCCAUCAACACAUUUGUGAAGGAAUUUUUACUCCCAAAAGAGCGCCCCCCCAUGGCAGGAGAAAAAAGUCCAUUUUUUCUUGUCCCCUAAGGUGAAAAUACACAUUGUUGAGUGUCACGCCUAUACGCUUUGUCAAAAUGACACAAAAAUUGACACACACAUGUAACUCAAUAAGAUCUACAAAAAAGUCCAUGCGCGCGUAUCUGUCAAAUGUACAGUUAAAGGGUUAUUCCGCAUUUUUUGCCGAUACGCACACAUUGGAAUUUCGCUAACUCCUCCGAAGGCUUUCGUUCCACCGGCACCACAUUUGCUCAGGCCAAUCUACACCCCAUGGCCAUUAAAAGUUAUUCAAAUCAUGAUGCUGCACCCCAUGGUUUAGGUUCUAGGGGGCGCCAAAAAUAACCCAAAAAUCCACAUUCUUAAAUGUUUUAUAACUUUUUAUUUUUGUCCUCACUGGCCUCCAAGUUUUCUAGGAUGAUGCAAUGUCCAGCCAUCAACACAUUUGUGAAGGAAUUUUUACUCCCCAAAAGAGCGCCCCCCCAUGGUAGGAGAAAAAAGUCAAUUUUUUCUUGUCCCCUUACAUAAAAAUACACAUUGUUGAGUGUCACGCCUGAACGCUUUGUCAUAUUGACACAAAAAUUGACAAUCAUGUGUAUCUCAAUUAGAUCUACGAAAAAGUCAAAGAGCGUGUAUCUGUAUAAUGUACGGUUAAAGGGCUAUUUUGCAUUUUUUGCCGAUUCGCACACAUUGGAAUGUGGCUAUCUCCUCCUAAGGCUUUCGUCCCACCGAUACCAAAUUUGCUCAGGGCAAUCUACACCCCAUGCCCCCAUUCAAAGUUGUAAAAAUCAUGACGCUGCACCCCACGGUUUACGUUCUAGGGGGCGCCAAAAAUGACCCAAAAAUCCACAUUCUUAAAAGUCAUUUUGGCCACUGCAGGAGUACAGAGUACUGCAGUUCUAGGGGGCGCCAAAGAUGACCCAAAAAUCCACAUUCUUAAAAGUCUUUUUGGCCACUGCAGGAGUACAGAGUACUGCAGGAUACACACACAUAUACACACACGCCAACAUACACACACACACACACACACACACACACACACACACAGACACACACACACACUCAGAGUCUGUUUUUUAGCACCUGCAAAAACAUGCUGUUUACAUAUUUGACAAGAAUGCAGAGGCUUCCUUUUGCCCCUGAAAAAAAUCAAAUUUCAAACACAACUUGACUGUUCAUUUCUCCAAAAGACAACCAUGAAGCUCCAUUUCAAACCUGAAGCAGAUAGUUGGUGCAUGUGUACAGUAACCUGAGGGGAGUGAGGUGAGUGCUUCUGAGGAGAACAUGAGCAGUGAAGAUUCACCUUGGAGCUAGAACAGAGACAUGCACAUGAUUAUACAGGGGCAGGGGCUCAAGUUUUUUCCAGUCGUUUAUACAAUAUGGAAAUUAAUGUGAAAUUAAAACACAAAGUAUUAAUAGAAAGGUAAUGACUGUCCUGUGUAGGUGACAGUGAUAUCCAAUAGGCUAGGCACUCACGAGGCUGGCUGUGGCAAGUGUAAGUGAAAGCAACACGCACUGGCAGGAAGAACAGCAAACGCCGAUGAAGGAAAAGGGUCUUUGCAGUGAUGGGCGUUACCAGAGAGGGCGAUGGCCAGAGAACACAAAUGGGACGGGGAGGCAGCACGUUGGGGGGGGGACGCGACACGGCUCGGGCCCGCCAGUGCCCCAACGGGGUCCUAGUUCUUUGUUUCUUUCUUUCUUUUUUCUUUUUCCUCCCCUUUGAACUGGAAAAUGGCCCACUUCCCACUGGCGAAAACUCAUGAAAUUUGGCAGGACGACCGGGCCUGGUGAAAAAUUUGAUAUUCUGAAGUCGCCAAAACAAUAAAAUGCAAAAUGGCUCCAUAGCGCCCCCUAAGAUGAAAAUUCACACUAUUCACUGUCACGACUGUACGCUUUGUCAAAAUGACACAAAAAUUGACACACACAUGUAUCUCAAUAAGAUCUACAAAAAAGUCAGUGCGGCCGUAUCUGUCAAAAUUACGGUUAAAGGGUUAUUUCGCAUUUUUUGCCGAUCUGCACACAUUGAAAUUUCGCUAACUCCUCCGAAGGCUUUCGUUCCACCGGCACCACAUUUGCUCAGGCCAAUCUACACCCCGUGGCCAUUAAAAGUUAUCAAAAUCAUGACGCUGCACCCCAAGGUUUAGGUUCUAGGGGGCGCCAAAGAUAACACUAAAAUCCACAUAUUUAAAAGUCUUAUAACUUUUUAUUUUUGUCCUCACUGGCCUCCAAGUUUUCUAGGAUGAUGCAAUGUCCAGCCAUCAACACAUUUGUGAAGGAAUUUUUACUCCCCAAAAGAGCGCCCCCCCAUGGCAGGAGAAAAAAGUCCAUUUUUAGGGCCCGAGCCAGCUGCAGAGCAGCCGGGCGUAGGCCCUGUUAUUCCUGUAGGGGUUUUUCUUUGUUUCUUUCUUUCUUCUUUUUCCUCCCCUUUGAACUGGAAAAUGGCCCACUUCCCACUGGCGAAAACUCAGGAAAUUUGGCAGGACGACCGGGCCUGGUGAAAAAUUUGAUAUUCCAAAGUCGCCCAAACAAGAAAAUGCAAAAUGGCUCCAUAGCGCCCCCUAAGGUGAAAAUUCACACUAUUGACUGUCACGCCUGUACGCUUUGUCAAAAUGACACAAAAAUUGACACACACAUGUAUCUCAAUAAGAUCUACAAAAAAGUCAGUGCGGGCGUAUCUGUCAAAUGUACGGUUAAAGGGUUAUUCCGCAUUUUUUGCCGAUCCGCACACAUUGGAAUUUCGCUAACUCCUCCUAAGGCUUUCGUUCCACCGGCACCACAUUUGCUCAGGCCAAUCUACACCCCAUGGCCAUUAAAAGUUAUCAAAAUCAUGACGCUGCACCCCACGGUUUAGGUUCUAGGGGGCGCCAAAGAUAACCCUAAAAUCCACAUAUUUAAAAGUCUUAUAACUUUUUAUUUUUGUCCUCACUGGCCUCCAAGUUUUCUAGGAUGAUGCAAUGUCCAGCCAUCAACACAUUUGUAAAGGAAUUUUUACUCCCCAAAAGAGCGCCCCCCCAUGGCAGGAGAAAAAAGUCCAUUUUUUCUUGUCCCCUAAGGUGAAAAUACACAUUGUUGAGUGUCACGCCUAUACGCUUUGUCAAAAUGACACAAAAAUUGACACACACAUGUAACUCAAUAAGAUCUACGAAAAAGUCAAUGCGCGCAUAUCUGUCAAAUGUACGGUUAAAGGGUUAUUCCGCAUUUUUUGCCGAUCCGCACACAUUGGAAUUUCGCUAACUCCUCCUAAGGCUUUCGUUCCACCGGCACCACAUUUGCUCAGGCCAAUCUACACCCCAUGGCCAUUAAAAGUUAUCAAAAUCAUGACGCUGCACCCCACGGUUUAGGUUCUAGGGGGCGCCAAAGAUAACCCUAAAAUCCACAUAUUUAAAAGUCUUAUAACUUUUUAUUUUUGUCCUCACUGGCCUCCAAGUUUUCUAGGAUGAUGCAAUGUCCAGCCAUCAACACAUUUGUAAAGGAAUUUUUACUCCCCAAAAGAGCGCCCCCCCAUGGCAGGAGAAAAAAGUCCAUUUUUUCUUGUCCUCUAAGGUGAAAAUACAUAUUGUUGAGAUUCACGCCUAUACGCUUUGUCAUAUUGACACAACAUUUGACAAUCACGUGCCUUGCCUGGUAUCAUUUUUUUCAGCACAACCUCACCUGUGCGAAUUUACAGUUAUUUUAUCAUGUUGACAUACUGAAUUUACACAAUGGACCCAAAUUCACACACAAAACAUAAAAUCCGAGUGGAAAAAAGUAACAUUUUUACUGUGAAAACCACAAAUAUGUGUGAUGAACUGUUUUUAAAACUUAAACUUCAAAUAAAAAUUGUAAACUUCAAAACAUAUGCAAAUUUUUAACAAAGAACAUAGUGAUUUACCUCUAUUUACAUCAAAAUGCAGGCAAUGGCCCAGGCGUUCUUUGUAAAAUUAUUUACAAAACACUGUAUAGUCUCACAAAUGUCACUUUUUAUUUAUGCCACUACAAAAAAACAUGAUGUAAAUGAUGCAUGAUGUAAAACAUGAUGUAAAAAACUUGUGUAGAUCCUCCUCUAUGUCAGUCCAUGUGUAAUUUUUCCAUAAUUCUUUGUUUUUUGCAGCAUUUUUGUUAGUGUAACUGCAGAUUGUGCUGACAGUGUCUAUGGCACAAAAAAAAAAAAUUAAUUAAAAUGCCUCAACAUGAACCCCUGGUGGUCUCUGAGGGUGAAACCUGCUAACUGCUGCAGCUCUGUCAGCUUCAGUCUCCCAUGCAGAGCUCUGAGCGCAUGUGUGGCUCUGCACCCUUAGCAGCGUUGCUAACUCCUCAGUAAGGAAAGCCUGCUUCAUGUCAGAGUCUCUAAACUCCAGAAGAAGUCGAUAAAAGUCCCUUUCUUUCUAAAAAAAAGUCGUUAGGGGGUCUGAAAAGUCAUUGAAUCUAACAACAAAGUCGCUAGGUUUGCAACUACGUGUCCCAGACUGCAUCCCUGCUGAGAGUCCCUCCCUCCCUUCUCAUGUUGCAGGAAGAACGUAAGCGCCCCCCUUGUCAAUCAGUCACCAUAUAAUUUUGGAUUGGUUGUUGUGGUGAAGUUUUCCACCAAUAGGAGAGAUGUUGUGGUGUGUUUUUUUUUCUUUUGGCAAGCCUUUUCCGCCUGUAAGAGCUGUCGCUAAUGUCUGCAUGCUAUGUUUUCCUGUCUCAUACAGCGCGAUCGAGCGCCGAACGUGAUCAAAAUAAGCAGAAAAAAAGUAUUGCGGACAUAAUUUAUCAUAACUCUGGUUUUAUUUGGCCUAUCAACACAAUUUAAAAACUGGUAUAUAGCUUGAGGUCCUCACUUUUGAGAUAAGUUGAAACGGAGAGUCAACGAGGCUCCGUCUUGCAGCUACAUCCGGUUAAAUAUGUCAUGUGACUUGAACGCACACACAGACACACACACACGCACACGCACACACACACACACACACACACACACACACACACACACACACUCAGAGUCUGGUUUUUAGCACCUGCAAAAACAUGCUAUUUACAUAUUUGACAAGAAUGCAGAGGCUCCUUUUGCCCCUGAAAAAAAUCAAAUUUCAAACACAACUUGACUGGUCAUUUCUCCAAAAGACAACCAUGAAGCUCCAUCCAAACCUGAAGCAGGCAGUUGGUGCAUGUGUACAGUAACCUGAGGGGAGUGAGGUGAGUGCUUCUGAGGAGAACAUGAGCAGUGAAGAUUCACCUUGGAGCUAGAACAGAGACAUGCACAUGAUUAUACAGGGGCAGGGGCUCAAGUUUUUUCCAGUCGUUUAUACAAUAUGGAAAUUAAUGUGAAAUUAAAACACAAAGUAUUAAUAGAAAGGUAAUGACUGUCCUGUGUAGGUGACAGUGAUAUCCAAUAGGCUAGGCACUCACGAGGCUGGCUGUGGCAAGUGUAAGUGAAAGCAACACGCACUGGCAGGAAGAACAGCAAACGCAGAUGAAGGAAAAGGGUCUUUGCAGUGAUGGGCGUUACCAGAGAGGGCGAUGGCCAGAGGACACAAAUGGGACGGGGAGGCAGCACGUUGGGGGGGGGGGGGACGCGACACGGCUCGGGCCCGCCAGUGCCCCAACGGGGUCCUAGUUUCUUGUUAGGGCCCGAGCGUAGCUGCUAAGCAGCUGCGAGAGCCCUAUUAUUCCCCAAGUGGUUUUUCUUUGUUUCUUUCUUUCUUUCUUUCUUAGGGCCCGAGCCAGCUGCAGAGCAGCCGGGCGUAGGCCCUAUUAUUCCCCAAGUGGUUUUUCUUUGUUUCUUUCUUUCUUUCUUUCUUUCUUCUUUUUCCUCCCCUUUGAACUGGAAAAUGGCCCACUUCCCACUGGCGAAAACUCAUGAAAUUUGGCAGGACGACCGGGCCUGGUGAAAAAUUCGAUAUUCUGAAGUCGCCCAAACAUUAAAAUGCAAAAUGGCUCCAUAGCGCCCCCUAAGGUGGAAAUUCACACUAUUGACUGUCACGCCUGUACGCUUUGUCAUAUUGACACAAAAAUUGACACACAUAUGUAUCUCAAUAAGAUCUACAAAAAAGUCAGUGCGGCCGUAUCUGUCAAAAUUACGGUUAAAGGGUUAUUUCGCAUUUUUUGCCGAUCCGCACACAUUGGAAUUUCGCUAACUCCUCCGAAGGCUUUCGUUCCACCGGCACCACAUUUGCUCAGGCCAAUCUACACCCCGUGGCCAUUAAAAGUUAUCAAAAUCAUGACGCUGCACCCCAAGGUUUAGGUUCUAGGGGGCGCCAAAGAUAACACUAAAAUCCACAUAUUUAAAAGUCUUAUAACUUUUUAUUUUUGUCCUCACUGGCCUCCAAGUUUUCUAGGAUGAUGCAAUGUCCAGCCAUCAACACAUUUGUGAAGGAAUUUUUACUCCCCAAAAGAGCGCCCCCCCAUGGCAGGAGAAAAAAGUCCAUUUUUUCUUGUCCCCUAAGGUGAAAAUACACAUUGUUGAGUGUCACGCCUAUACGCUUUGUCAAAAUGACACAAAAAUUGACACACACAUGUAACUCAAUAAGAUCUACAAAAAAGUCCAUGCGCGCGUAUCUGUCAAAUGUACAGUUAAAGGGUUAUUCCGCAUUUUUUGCCGAUACGCACACAUUGGAAUUUCGCUAACUCCUCCGAAGGCUUUCGUUCCACCGGCACCACAUUUGCUCAGGCCAAUCUACACCCCAUGCCCAUUAAAAGUUAUUCAAAUCAUGAUGCUGCACCCCACGGUUUAGGUUCUAGGGGGCGCCAAAGAUAACCCAAAAAUCCACAUUCUUAAAUGUUUUAUAACUUUUUAUUUUUGUCCUCACUGGCCUCCAAGUUUUCUAGGAUGAUGCAAUGUCCAGCCAUCAACACAUUUGUGAAGGAAUUUUUACUCCCCAAAAGAGCGCCCCCCCAUGGUAGGAGAAAAAAGUCAAUUUUUUCUUGUCCCCUUACAUAAAAAUACACAUUGUUGAGUGUCACGCCUGAACGCUUUGUCAUAUUGACACAAAAAUUGACAAUCAUGUGUAUCUCAAUUAGAUCUACGAAAAAGUCAAAGAGCGCGUAUCUGUAUAAUGUACGGUUAAAGGGCUAUUUUGCAUUUUUUGCCGAUUCGCACACAUUGGAAUGUGGCUAUCUCCUCCUAAGGCUUUCGUCCCACCGAUACCAAAUUUGCUCAGGGCAAUCUACACCCCAUGCCCAUUCAAAGUUGUAAAAAUCAUGACGCUGCACCCCACGGUUUACGUUCUAGGGGGCGCCAAAGAUGACCCAAAAAUCCACAUUCUUAAAAGUCAUUUUGGCCACUGCAGGAGUACAGAGUACUGCAGUUCUAGGGGGCGCCAAAGAUGACCCAAAAAUCCACAUUCUUAAAAGUCUUUUUGGCCACUGCAGGAGUACAGAGUACUGCAGGAUACACACACAUAUACACACACGCCAACAUACACACACACACACACACACACACACACACACACACACACACACACACACACACACACACACACACUCAGAGUCUGUUUUUUAGCACCUGCAAAAACAUGCUGUUUACAUAUUUGACAAGAAUGCAGAGGCUUCCUUUUGCCCCUGAAAAAAAUCAAAUUUCAAACACAACUUGACUGUUCAUUUCUCCAAAAGACAACCAUGAAGCUCCAUUUCAAACCUGAAGCAGAUAGUUGGUGCAUGUGUACAGUAACCUGAGGGGAGUGAGGUGACUAUUUCUGAGGAGAACAUGAGCAGUGAAGAUUCACCUUGGAGCUAGAACAGGGACGUGCACAUGAUUAUACAGGGGCAGGGGCUCAAGAUUUUUCCAGUCAUUUAUACAAUAUGGAAAUUAAUGUGAAAUUAAACCACAAAUAUGUGUGAUGAACUGUUUUUAAAACUUAAACUUCAAAUAAAAAUUGUAAACUUCAAAACAUAUGCAAAUUUUUAACAAAGAACAUAGUAAUUUACCUCUAUUUACAUCAAAAUGCAGGCAAUGGCCCAGGCGUUCUUUGUAAAAUUAUUUACAAAACACUGUAUAGUCUCACAAAUGUCACUUUUUAUUUAUGCCACUACAAAAAAACAUGAUGUAAAUGAUGCAUGAUGUAAAACAUGAUGUAAAAAACUUGUGUAGAUCCUCCUCUAUGUCAGUCCAUGUGUAAUUUUUCCAUAAUUAUUUGUUUUUUGCAGCAUUUUUGUUAGUGUAACUGCAGAUUGUGCUGACAGUGUCUAUGGCACAAAAAAAAAAAAAAAUUAAAAUGCCUCAACAUGAACCCCUGGUGGUCUCUGAGGGUGAAACCUGCUAACUGCUGCAGCUCUGUCAGCUUCAGUCUCCCAUGCAGAGCUCAGAGCGCAUGUGUGGCUCUGCACCCUUAGCAGCGUUGCUAACUCCUCAGUAAGGAAAGCCUGCUUCAUGUCAGAGUCUCUAAACUCCAGAAGAAGUCGAUAAAAGUCCCUUUCUUUCUAAAAAAAAAGUCGUUAGGGUGUCUGAAAAGUCAUUGAAUCUAACAACAAAGUCGCUAGGUUUGCAACUACGUGUCCCAGACUGCAUCCCUGCUGAGAGUCCCUCCCUCCCUUCUCAUGUUGCAGGAAGAACGUAAGCGCCCGCCCCUUGUCAAUCAGUCACCAUAUAAUUUUGGAUUGGUUGUUGUGGUGAAGUUUUCCACCAAUAGGAGAGAUGUUGUGGUGUGUUUUUUUUUUCUUUUGGCAAGCCUUUUCCGCCUGUAAGACCUGUCGCUAAUGUCUGCAUGCUAUGUUUUCCUGUCUCAUACAGCGCGAUCGAGCGCCGAACGUGAUCAAAAUAAGCAGAAAAAAAGUAUCGCGGACAUAAUUUAUCAUAACUCUGGUUUUAUUUGGCCUAUCAACACAAUUUAAAAACUGGUAUAUAGGUUGAGGUCCUCACUUUUGAGAUAAGUUGAAACGGAGAGUCAACGAGGCUCCGUCUUGCAGCUACAUCCGGUUAAAUAUGUCAUGUGACUUGAACGCACACAUAGACACACACACACGCACACACACACACACACACACACACACACACACACACACACACACACACACACUCAGAGUCUGGUUUUUAGCACCUGCAAAAACAUGCUAUUUACAUAUUUGACAAGAAUGCAGAGGCUCCUUUUGCCCCUGAAAAAAAUCAAAUUUCAAACACAACUUGACUGGUCAUUUCUCCAAAAGACAACCAUGAAGCUCCAUCCAAACCUGAAGCAGGCAGUUGGUGCAUGUGUACAGUAACCUGAGGGGAGUGAGGUGAGUGCUUCUGAGGAGAACAUGAGCAGUGAAGAUUCACCUUGGAGCUAGAACAGAGACAUGCACAUGAUUAUACAGGGGCAGGGGCUCAAGUUUUUUCCAGUCGUUUAUACAAUAUGGAAAUUAAUGUGAAAUUAAAACACAAAGUAUUAAUAGAAAGGUAAUGACUGUCCUGUGUAGGUGACAGUGAUAUCCAAUAGGCUAGGCACUCACGAGGCUGGCUGUGGCAAGUGUAAGUGAAAGCAACACGCACUGGCAGGAAGAACAGCAAACGCCGAUGAAGGAAAAGGGUCUUUGCAGUGAUGGGCGUUAACAGAGAGGGCGAUGGCCAGAGGACACAAAUGGGACGGGGAGGCAGCACGUUGCGGGGUGGGGGGGUGGGGGGGGGGAGACGCGACACGGCUCGGGCCCGCCAGUGCCCCAACGGGGUCCUAGUUUCUUCUUUUUCCUCCCCUUUGAACUGGAAAAUGGCCCACUUCCCACUGGCGAAAACUCAUGAAAUUUGGCAGGACGACCGGGCCUGGUGAAAAAUUCGAUAUUCUGAAGUCGCCCAAACAAUAAAAUGCAAAAUGGCUCCAUAGCGCCCCCUAAGGUGGAAAUUCACACUAUUGACUGUCACGCCUGUACGCUUUGUCAUAUUGACACAAAAAUUGACACACAUAUGUAUCUCAAUAAGAUCUACAAAAAAGUCAGUGCGGCCGUAUCUGUCAAAAUUACGGUUAAAGGGUUAUUUCGCAUUUUUUGCCGAUCCGCACACAUUGGAAUUUCGCUAACUCCUCCGAACGCUUUCGUUCCACCGGCACCACAUUUGCUCAAGCCAAUCUACACCCCGUGGCCAUUAAAAGUUAUCAAAAUCAUGACGCUGCACCCCAAGGUUUAGGUUCUAGGGGGCGCCAAAGAUAACACUAAAAUCCACAUAUUUAAAAGUCUUAUAACUUUUUAUUUUUGUCCUCACUGGCCUCCAAGUUUUCUAGGAUGAUGCAAUGUCCAGCCAUCAACACAUUUGUGAAGGAAUUUUUACUCCCCAAAAGAGCGCCCCCCCAUGGCAGGAGAAAAAAGUCCAUUUUUUCUUGUCCCCUAAGGUGAAAAUACACAUUGUUGAGUGUCACGCCUAUACGCUUUGUCAAAAUGACACAAAAAUUGACACACACAUGUAUUUCAAUAAGAUCUACGAAAAAGUCAAUGCGCGCGUAUCUGUAAAAUGUACGGUUAAAGGGCUAUCUUGCAUUUUUUGCCGAUUAGCACACAUUGGAAUGUGGCUAACUCCUCCUAAGGCUUUCGUCCCACUGACACCAAAUUUGCUCAGGCCAAUCUACACCCCAUGGCCAUUCAAAGUUGUAAAAAUCAUGACGCUGCACCCCACGGUUUACGUUUUAGGGGGCGCCAAAGAUGACCCAAAUAUACAUUACAGUAGACAAAGUAGUUUUGCCCACUGAGUGGCGCCAAAGGGACUUGUCUGUGGAGUCUGUGAGUCACUAUUGGCCGUUUUUGACUACUUUAGAUUUUACCUUUAUAUUUCCUCUUACAAAAUUUUUACCUUGCCUUGCCUGGUAUCAUUUUUUUCAGCACAACCUCACCUGUGUCAAUUUACAGUUAUUUUAUCAUUUUGACAUACUAUAUUUACACAUUGGACCCAAAUUCACACACAAAACAUAAAAUCCGAGUGGAAAAAAGUAACGUUUUUACUGUGAAAACCACAAAUAUGUGUGAUGAACUGUUUUUAAAACUUAAACUUCAAAUAAAAAUUGUAAACUUCAAAACAUAUGCAAAUUUUUAACAAAGAACAUAGUAAUUUACCUCUAUUGACAUCAAAAUGCAGGCAAUGGCCCAGGUGUUCUUUGUAAAAUUAUUUACAAAACACUGUAUAGUCUCACAAAUGUCACUUUUUAUUUAUGCCACUACAAAAAAACAUGAUGUAAAUGAUGCAUGAUGUAAAACAUGAUGUAAAAAACUUGUGUAGAUCCUCCUCUAUGUUAGUCCAUGUGUAAUUUUUCCAUAAUUCUUUGUUUUUUGCAGCAUUUUUGUUAGUGUAACUGCAGAUUGUGCUGACAGUGUCUAUGGCAAAAAAAAAAAAAAUUAAAAUGCCUCAACAUGAACCCCUGGCGGUCUCUGAGGGUGAAACCUGCUAACUGCUGCAGCUCUGUCAGCUUCAGUCUCCCAUGCAGAGCUCGGAGCGCAUGUGUGGCUCUGCACCCUUAGCAGCGUUGCUAACUCCUCAGUAAGGAAAGCCUGCUUCAUGUCAGAGUCUCUAAACUCCAGAAGAAGUCGAUAAAAGUCACUUUCUUUCUAAAAAAAAGUCGUUAGGGGGUCUGAAAAGUCAUUGAAUCUAACAACAAAGUCGCUAGGUUUGCAACUACGUGUCCCAGACUGCAUCCCUGCUGAGAGUCCCUCCCUCCCUUCUCAUAUUGCAGGAAGAACGUAAGUUCCCGCCCCUUGUCAAUCAGUCACCAUAUAAUUUUGGAUUGGUUGUUGUGGUGAAGUUUUCCACCAAUAGGAGAGAUGUUGUGGUGUGUUUUUUUUUUUCCUUUGGCAAGCCUUUUCCGCCUGUAAGACCUGUCGCUAAUGUCUGCAUGCUAUGUUUUCCUGUCUCAUACAGCGCGAUCGAGCGCCGAACGUGAUCAAAAUAAGCAGAAAACAAGUAUCGUGGACAUAAUUUAUCAUAACUCUGGUUUUAUUUGGCCUAUCAACACAAUUUAAAAACUGGUAUAUAGGUUGAGGUCCUCACUUUUGAGAUAAAUUGAAACGGAGAGUCAACGAGGCUCCGUCUUGCAGCUACAUCCGGUUAAAUAUGUCAUGUGACUUGAACGCACACACACACACACACACACACACACACAAACACACGCACACACACACACUCAGAGUCUGGUUUUUAGCACCUGCAAAAACAUGCUAUUUACAUAUUUGACAAGAAUGCAGAGGCUCCUUUUGCCCCUGAAAAAUAUCAAAUUUCAAACACAACUUGACUGGUCAUUUCUCCAAAAGACAACCAUGAAGCUCCAUCCAAACCUGAAGCAGGCAGUUGGUGCAUGUGUACAGUAACCUGAGGGGAGUGAGGUGACUGCUUCUGAGGAGAACAUGAGCAGUGAAGAUUCACCUUAGAGCUAGAACAGAGACGUGCACAUGAUUAUACAGGGGCAGGGGCUCAAGUUUUUUCCAGUUGUUUAUACAAUAUGGAAAUUAAUGUGAAAUUAAAAAACAAAGUAUUAAUAGAAAGGUAAUGACUGUCCUGUGUAGGUGACAGUGAUAUCCAAUAGGCUAGGCACUCACGAGGCUGGCUGUGGCAAGUGUAAGUGAAAGCAACACGCACUGGCAGGAAGAACAGCAAACGCCGAUGAAGGAAAAGGGUCUUUGCAGUGAUGGGCGUUACCAGAGAGGGCGAUGGCCAGAGGACACAAAUGGGACGGGGAGGCAGCGCGUUGGGGGGGGGACGCGACACAGCUCGGGCCCGCCAGUGCCCCAACGGGGUCCUAGUUAGGGCCCGAGCGUAGCUGCUAAGCAGCUGCGAGAGCCCUCUUGUUCCUGAUGGAUUCUUCUUUUGUUAUUAUUAUUAUUAUUUUUCCUCCGCUUUAAACUGGAAAAUGGCCCACUUCCCACUGGCGAAAACUCAUGAAAUUUGGCAGGACGACCGGGCCUGGUGAAAAAUUCGAUAUUCUGAAGUCGCCCAAACAAUAAAAUACAAAAUGGCUCCAUAGCGCCCCCUAAGGUGAAAAUUCACACUAUUGACUGUCACGCCUGUACGCUUUGUCAUAUUGACACAAAAAUUGACACACACAUGUAUCUCAAUAAGAUCUACAAAAAAGUCAGUGCGGGCGUAUCUGUCAAAUGUACGGUUAAAGGGUUAUUGCGCAUUUUUUGCAGAUCUGCACACAUUGGAAUUUCGCUAACUCCUCCGAAGGCUUUCGGUCCACCGGCACCACAUUUGCUCAGGCCAAUCUACACUCCAUGGCCAUUCAAAGUUGUACAAAUCAUGAUGCUGCACCCCAUGGUUUAGGUUCUAGGGGGCGCCAAAAAUAACCCUAAAAUCCACAUUCUUAAAAGUUUUAUAACUUUUUAUUUUUGCCCUCGCUGGCCUCCAAGUUUUCUAGGAUGAUGCAAUGUCCAGCCAUCAACACAUUUGUGAAGGAAUUUUUACUCCCCAAAAGAGCGCCCCCCCAUGGCAGGACAAAAAAGUCAAUUUUUUCUUGUCCCCUAAGGUGAAAAUACACAUUGUUGAAUGUCACGCCUGUACGCUUUGUCAUAUUGACACAAAAUUUGACAAUCACGUGUAUCUCAAUAAGAUCUACGAAAAAGUCAAUGCGCGCGUAUCUGUAAAAUGUACGGUUAAAGGGCUAUUUCGCAUUUUUUGCCGAUUCGCACACAUUGGAAUGUGGCUAACUCCUCCUAAGGCUUUCGUCCCACUGACACCAAAUUUGCUCAGGCCAAUCUACACCCCAUGGCCAUUCAAAGUUGUAAAAAUCAUGACGCUGCACCCCAUGGUCUACGUUCUAGGGGGCGCCAAAGAGGACCCAAAUAUCCACAUUUUUAAAGUCUUAUAACUUUUUAUUUUUGUCCUCACUGGCCUCCAAGUUUUCUAGGAUGAUGCAAUGUCCAGCCAUCAACACAUUUGUGAAGGAAUUUUUUCUCCCCAAAAGAGCGCCCCCCCAUGGCAGGAGAAAAAGUCAAGUUUUUCCUGCCCAUCGCUCAAUGGCUCAAACGCAUCGCUCUCUCGGCAAAACCGAAAGGAGGAGCAACUUGCCAUUUGGAUAUAUACUAGCUGUUUGUGCCCUCACUCAUGGUCCAGACUUUUUUCAAAUAGGACAUGUAGUUUGUCUGCAGCGACCGUUUUGGUAGAAACUGCGCCUCCCAUUCAUUAUAAUGGGAAAUGACCACAGACAAGUGCGCACACCAUCUUUGGACCUUGAGUGUGAUGCAAUCGGGAGGGGGAGGCGGUCGCGCUGGGGGCGGCGCGACGCGGCUCGGGCCCGACAGUGCCCCACCGGGGCCCUAGUUCUUUCUUUCUUUCUUCUUUUUCCUCCCCUUUGAACUGGAAAAUGGCCCACUUCCCACUGGCGAAAACUCAUGAAAUUUGGCAGGACGACCGGGCCUGGUGAAAAAUUCGAUAUUCUGAAGUCGCCCAAACAAUAAAAUGCAAAAUGGCUCCAUAGCGCCCCCUAAGGUGGAAAUUCACACUAUUGACUGUCACGCCUGUACGCUUUGUCAUAUUGACACAAAAAUUGACACACAUAUGUAUCUCAAUAAGAUCUACAAAAAAGUCAGUGCGGCCGUAUCUGUCAAAUGUACGGUCAAAGGGUUAUUUCGCAUUUUUUGCCGAUCCGCACACAUUGGAAUUUCGCUAACUCCUCCGAAGGCUUUCGUUCCACCGGCACCACAUUUGCUCAGGCCAAUCUACACCCCGUGGCCAUUAAAAGUUAUCAAAAUCAUGACGCUGCACCCCAAGGUUUAGGUUCUAGGGGGCGCCAAAGAUAACACUAAAAUCCACAUAUUUAAAAGUCUUAUAACUUUUUAUUUUUGUCCUCACUGGCCUCCAAGUUUUCUAGGAUGAUGCAAUGUCCAGCCAUCAACACAUUUGUGAAGGAAUUUUUACUCCCCAAAAGAGCGCCCCCCCAUGGCAGGAGAAAAAAGUCCAUUUUUUCUUGUCCCCUAAGGUGAAAAUACACAUUCUUGAGUGUCACGCCUAUACGCUUUGUCAAAAUGACACAAAAAUUGACACACACAUGUAACUCAAUAAGAUCUACAAAAAAGUCCAUGCGCGCGUAUCUGUCAAAUGUACAGUUAAAGGGUUAUUCCGCAUUUUUUGCCGAUACGCACACAUUGGAAUUUCGCUAACUCCUCCGAAGGCUUUCGUUCCACCGGCACCACAUUUGCUCAGGCCAAUCUACACCCCAUGGCCAUUAAAAGUUAUUCAAAUCAUGAUGCUGCACCCCAUGGUUUAGGUUCUAGGGGGCGCCAAAAAUAACCCAAAAAUUCACAUUCUUAAAUGUUUUAUAACUUUUUAUUUUUGUCCUCACUGGCCUCCAAGUUCUCUAGGAUGAUGCAAUGUCCAGCCAUCAACACAUUUGUGAAGGAAUUUUUACUCCCCAAAAGAGCGCCCCCAUGGUAGGAGAAAAAAGUCCAUUUUUUCUUGUCCCCUUACAUGAAAAUACACAUUGUUGAGUGUCACGCCUGAACGCUUUGUCAUAUUGACACAAAAAUUGACAAUCAUGUGUAUCUCAAUUAGAUCUACGAAAAAGUCAAAGAGCGCGUAUCUUUAUAAUGUACGGUUAAAGGGCUAUUUUGCAUUUUUUGCCGAUUCGCACACAUUGGAAUGUGGCUAUCUCCUCCUAAGGCUUUCGUCCCACCGAUACCAAAUUUGCUCAGGGCAAUCUACACCCCAUGCCCAUUCAAAGUUGUAAAAAUCAUGACGCUGCACCCCACGGUUUACGUUCUAGGGGGCGCCAAAGAUGACCCAAAAAUCCACAUUCUUAAAAGUCAUUUUGGCCACUGCAGGAGUACAGAGUACUGCAGUUCUAGGGGGCGCCAAAGAUGACCCAAAAAUCCACAUUCUUAAAAGGUUUUUUUGGCCACUGCAGGAGUACAGAGUACUGCAGGAUACACACACAUAUACACACACGCCAACAUACACACACACACAGACACACACACACACAGACACACACACACACUCAGAGUCUGUUUUUUAGCACCUGCAAAAACAUGCUGUUUACAUAUUUGACAAGAAUGCAGAGGCUUCCUUUUGCCCCUGAAAAAAAUCAAAUUUCAAACACAACUUGACUGUUCAUUUCUCCAAAAGACAACCAUGAAGCUCCAUUUCAAACCUGAAGCAGAUAGUUGGUGCAUGUGUACAGUAACCUGAGGGGAGUGAGGUGACUAUUUCUGAGGAGAACAUGAGCAGUGAAGAUUCACCUUGGAGCUAGAACAGGGACGUGCACAUGAUUAUACAGGGGCAGGGGCUCAAGUUUUUUCCAGUCAUUUAUACAAUAUGGAAAUUAAUGUGAAAUUAAACCACAAAUAUGUGUGAUGAACUGUUUUUAAAACUUAAACUUCAAAUAAAAAUUGUAAACUUCAAAACAUAUGCAAAUUUUUAACAAAGAACAUAGUAAUUUACCUCUAUUUACAUCAAAAUGCAGGCAAUGGCCCAGGCGUUCUUUGCAAAAUUAUUUACAAAACACUGUAUAGUCUCACAAAUGUCACUUUUUAUUUAUGCCACUACAAAAAAACAUGAUGUAAAUGAUGCAUGAUGUAAAACAUGAUGUAAAAAACUUGUGUAGAUCCUCCUCUAUGUCAGUCCAUGUGUAAUUUUUCCAUAAUUCUUUGUUUUUUGCAGCAUUUUUGUUAGUGUAACUGCAGAUUGUGCUGACAGUGUCUAUGGCACAAAAAAAAAAAAAAUUAAAAUGCCUCAACAUGAACCCCUGGUGGUCUCUGAGGGUGAAACCUGCUAACUGCUGCAGCUCUGUCAGCUUCAGUCUCCCAUGCAGAGCUCUGAGCGCAUGUGUGGCUCUGCACCCUUAGCAGCGUUGCUAACUCCUCAGUAAGGAAAGCCUGCUUCAUGUCAGAGUCUCUAAACUCCAGAAGAAGUCGAUAAAAGUCCCUUUCUUUCUAAAAAAAAGUCGUUAGGGGGUCUGAAAAGUCAUUGAAUCUAACAACAAAGUCGCUAGGUUUGCAACUACGUGUCCCAGACUGCAUCCCUGCUGAGAGUCCCUCCCUCCCUUCUCAUGUUGCAGGAAGAACGUAAGCGCCCUCCCCUUGUCAAUCAGUCACCAUAUAAUUUUGGAUUGGUUGUUGUGGUGAAGUUUUCCACCAAUAGGAGAGAUGUUGUGGUGUGUUUUUUUUUUCUUUUGGCAAGCCUUUUCCGCCUGUAAGACCUGUCGCUAAUGUCUGCAUGCUAUGUUUUCCUGUCUCAUACAGCGCGAUCGAGCGCCGAACGUGAUCAAAAUAAGCAGAAAAAAAGUAUCGCGGACAUAAUUUAUCAUAACUCUGGUUUUAUUUGGCCUAUCAACACAAUUUAAAAACUGGUAUAUAGGUUGAGGUCCUCACUUUUGAGAUAAGUUGAAACGGAGAGUCAACGAGGCUCCGUCUUGCAGCUACAUCCGGUUAAAUAUGUCAUGUGACUUGAACGCACACACAGACACACACACACGCACACACACACACACACACACACACACACACACACACACACACACACACACUCAGAGUCUGGUUUUUAGCACCUGCAAAAACAUGCUAUUUACAUAUUUGACAAGAAUGCAGAGGCUCCUUUUGCCCCUGAAAAAAAAAUCAAAUUUCAAACACAACUUGACUGGUCAUUUCUCCAAAAGACAACCAUGAAGCUCCAUCCAAAGCUCCAUCCGACAAGGCUCGGGCCCGCCAGUGCCCCAACGGGGUCCUAGUUAUUAGGGCCCGAGCCAGCUGCAGAGCAGCCGGGCGUAGGCCCUGUUAUUCCUGUAGGGGUUUUUCUUUGUUUCUUUCUUUCUUCUUUUUCCUCCCCUUUGAACUGGAAAAUGGCCCACUUCCCACUGGCGAAAACUCAUGAAAUUUGGCAGGACGACCGGGCCUGGUGAAAAAUUCGAUAUUCUGAAGUCGCCCAAACAAUAAAAUGCAAAAUGGCUCCAUAGCGCCCCCUAAGGUGGAAAUUCACACUAUUGACUGUCACGCCUGUACGCUUUGUCAUAUUGACACAAAAAUUGACACACAUAUGUAUCUCAAUAAGAUCUACAAAAAAGUCAGUGCGGCCGUAUCUGUCAAAAUUACGGUUAAAGGGUUAUUUCGCAUUUUUUGCCGAUCCGCACACAUUGGAAUUUCGCUAACUCCUCCGAAGGCUUUCGUUCCACCGGCACCACAUUUGCUCAGGCCAAUCUACACCCCGUGGCCAUUAAAAGUUAUCAAAAUCAUGACGCUGCACCCCAAGGUUUAGGUUCUAGGGGGCGCCAAAGAUAACACUAAAAUCCACAUAUUUAAAAGUCUUAUAACUUUUUAUUUUUGUCCUCACUGGCCUCCAAGUUUUCUAGGAUGAUGCAAUGUCCAGCCAUCAACACAUUUGUGAAGGAAUUUUUACUCCCCAAAAGAGCGCCCCCCCAUGGCAGGAGAAAAAAGUCAAUUUUUUCUUGUCCCCUAACAUGAAAAUACACAUUGUUGAGUGUCACGCCUAAACUCUUUGUCAAAAUGACACAAAAAUUGACACACACAUGUAACUCAAUAAGAUCUACGAAAAAGUCAAUGCGCGCGUAUCUGUCAAAUGUACGGUUAAAGGGUUAUUCCGCAUUUUUUGCCGAUCCGCACACAUUGGAAUUUCGCUAACUCCUCCUAAGGCUUUCGUUCCACCGGCACCACAUUUGCUCAGGCCAAUCUACACCCCAUGGCCAUUAAAAGUUAUCAAAAUCAUGACGCUGCACCCCACGGUUUAGGUUCUAGGGGGCGCCAAAGAUAACCCUAAAAUCCACAUAUUUAAAAGUCUUAUAACUUUUUAUUUUUGUCCUCACUGGCCUCCAAGUUUUCUAGGAUGAUGCAAUGUCCAGCCAUCAACACAUUUGUGAAGGAAUUUUUACUCCCCAAAAGAGCGCCCCCCCAUGGCAGGAGAAAAAAGUCCAUUUUUUCUUGUCCCCUAAGGUGAAAAUACACAUUGUUGAGUGUCACGCCUGUACGCUUUGUCAAAAUGACACAAAAAUUGACACACACAUGUAUCUCAAUAAGAUCUACAAAAAAGUCCAUGUGCGCGUAUCUGUCAAAUGUACGGUUAAAGGGUUAUUUCGCAUUUUUUGCCGAUCCGCACACAUUGGAAUUUCGCUAACUCCUCCGAAGGCUUUCGUUCCACCGGCACCACAUUUGCUCAGGCCAAUCUACACCCCAUGGCCAUUAAAAGUUAUUCAAAUCAUGACGCUGCACCCCACGGUUUAUGUUCUAGGGGGCGCCAAAGAUAACCCUAAAAUCCACAUAUUUCAAAGUCUUAUAACUUUUUAUUUUUGCCCUCACUGGCCUCCAAGUUUUCUAGGAUGAUGCAAUGUCCAGCCAUCAACACAUUUGUGAAGGAAUUUUUACUCCCCAAAAGAGCGCCCCCCAUGGCAGGAGAAAAAAGUCCAUUUUUUCUUGUUCCAUAAGGUGAAAAUUCACACUAUUGACUGUCACGCCUGUACGCUUUGUCAAAAUUACACAAAAAUUGACACACACAUGUAUCUCAAUAAGAUCUACAAAAAAGUCAGUGCGGGCGUAUCUGUCAAAUGUACGGUUAAAGGGUUAUUUCGCAUUUUUUGCCGAUCCGCACACAUUGGAAUUUCGCUAACUCCUCCGAAGGCUUUCGUUCAACCGGCACCACAUUUGCUCAGGCCAAUCUACACCCCAUGGCCAUUAAAAGUUAUUCAAAUCAUGACGCUGCACCCCACGGUUUAGGUUCUAGGGGGCGCCAAAGAUAACCCUAAAAUCCACAUAUUUAAAAGUCUUAUAACUUUUUAUUUUUGUCCUCUCUGGCCUCCAAGUUUUCUAGGAUGAUGCAAUGUCCAGCCAUCAACACAUUUGUGAAGGAAUUUUUACUCCCUAAAAGAGCGCCCCCCCAUGGCAGGAGAAAAAAGUCCAUUUUUUCUUGUCCCAUAAGGUGAAAAUACACAUUGUUGACUGUCAUACCUGUAUGCUUUGUCAUAUUGACACAAAAUUUGACACACACAUGUAUCUCAAUAAGAUCUACGAAAAAGUCAAUGCGCGCGUAUCUGUAAAAUGUACGGUUAAAGGGCUAUUUUGCAUUUUUUGCCGAUUAGCACACAUUGGAAUGUGGCUAACUCCUCCUAAGGCUUUCGUCCCACUGACACCAAAUUUGCUCAGGCCAAUCUACACCCCAUGGCCAUUCAAAGUUUUAAAAAUCAUGACGCUGCACCCCACGGUUUACGUUCUAGGGGGCGCCAAAGAUGACCCAAAUAUCCACAUUCUUAAAAGAAUCCACAUCCCUUUCCCCCCCUCCCAUCCCCCAUCCCCCAUGGCAGGAGAAACAGUCAAGUUUUUCCUGCCCAUCACUCAAUGGCUCAAUCGCAUCGCUCUCCCGGCAACACCGUAACGAGGAGCAACUUGCCGUUUGGAUAUAUCCUAGCUGUGUUUGUGCCCUCACUCAUGGUCCAGACUUUUUUCAAAUAGGACAUGUAGUUUGUCUGCAGCGAGUGUUUUGGUAGAAACUGCGCCUCCCAUUCAUUAUAAUGGGAAAUGACCACAGACAAGUGCGCACACCAUCUUUGGACCUUGAGUGUGACGCGAUGGGGAGGGGGAGGCGGUCGCACUGGGGGCGGCGCAACGCGGCUCGGGCCCGCCAGUGCCCCAACGGGGCCCUAGUUAUUAUUUUUCCUCCGCUUUAAACUGGAAAAUGGCCCACUUCCCACUGGCAAAAACUCAUGAAAUUUGGCAGGACGACCGGGCCUGGUGAAAAAUUCGAUAUUCUGAAGUCGCCCAAACAAUAAAAUGCAAAAUGGCUCCAUAGCGCCCCCUAAGGCGAAAAUUCACACUAUUGACUGUCACGCUUGUACGCUUUGUCAUAUUGACACAAAAAUUGACACACACGUGUAUCUCAAUACGGUCUACGAAAAAGUCAGCGCGGGCGCAUCUGUGAAAUGUACGGUUAGAGGGUUAUUUCGCAUUUUUUGCCGAUCUGCACACAUUGGAAUUUGGCUAACUCCUCCGAAGGCAUUCGUUCCACCGGCACCACAUUUGCUCAAGCCAAUCUACACCCCAUGGCCAUUAAAAGUUGUACAAAUCAUGACGCUGCACCCCACAGUUUACGUUCUAGGGGGCGCCAAAGAUAACCCAAAAAUCCACAGUCUUAAAAGUCUUAUAACUUUUUAUUUUUGUCCUCACUGGCCUCCAAGUUCUCUAGGAUGAUGCAAUGUCCAGCCAUCAACACAUUUGUGAAGUAAUUUUUACUCCCCAAAAGAGCGCCCCCACAUGGCAGGAGAAAAAAGUCCAUUUUUUCUUGUCCCCUAAGGUGAAAAUACACAUUGUUGAGUGUCACGCCUAUACGCUUUGUCAUAUUGACACAAAAUUUUACAAUCACGUGUAUCUCAAUAAGAUCUACGAAAAAGUCAACGGGCACGUAUCUGUAAAAUGUACGUUUAAAGGGUUAUUUCGCAUUUUUUCCCGAUCCGCACACAUUGGAAUUUCGCUAACUCCUCCGAAGGCUUUAGUUCCACUGCCACCAAAUUUGCUCAGGCCAAUCUACACCCCAUGGCCAUUAAAAGUUGUACAAAUCAUGACGUUGCACUCCACGGUUUAGGUUCUAGGGGGCGCCAAAGAUAACCCAAAAAUCCACAUUCUUAAUAGUCUUAUAACUUUUUAUUUUUGUCCUCACUGGCCUCCAAGUUUUCUAGGAUGAUGCAAUGUCCAGCCAUCAACACAUUUGUAAAGGAAUUUUUACUCCCCAAAAGAGCGCCCCCCCAUGGCAGGAGAAAAAAGUCCAUUUUUUCUUGUCCCCUAAGGUGAAAAAACACAUUGUUGACUGUCACGCCUAUACGCUUUGUCAAAAUGACACAAAAUUUGACACACACGUGUAUCUCAAUAAGAUCUACGAAAAAGUCAAUGGGCACGUAUCUGUAAAAUGGACGGUUAAAGGGCUAUUUCGCAUUUUUUGCCGAUUCGCACACAUUGGAAUGUGGCUAACUCCUCCUAAGGCUUUCUUCCCACCGACACCAAAUUUGCUCAAGCCGAUCUACAUCCCAUGGCCAUUCAAAGUUGUAAAAAUCAUGCCGCUGCACCCCAUGGUUUACGUUCUAGGGGGCGCCAAAGAUGACCCAAAUAUCCACAUUCUUAAAAGAAUCCACAUCCCCCCCCCCCCCCCAAGGCAGGAGAAAAAGUCCAGUUAACCCUGCCCAUCGCUCAAUGGCUCAAUCGCAUCGCUCUCCUGGCAACACCGUAAGGAGGAGCAACUUGCCAUUUGGAUAUAUCCUAGCUGUGUUUGUGCCCUCACUCAUGGUCCAGACUUUUUUCAAAUAGGACAUGUAGUUUGUCUGCAGCGACCGUUUUGGUAGAAACUGCGCCUCCCAUUCAUUAUAAUGGGAAAUGACCACAGACAAGUGCGCACACCAUCUUUGGACCUUGAGUGUGAUGCGAUCGGGAGGGGGAGGCGGUCGCGCUGGGGGCGGCGCGACGCGGCUCGGGCCCGACAGUGCCCCACCGGGGCCCUAGUUAGGGCCCGAGCGUAGCUGCUAAGCAGCUGCGAGAGCCCUCUUGUUCCUGAUGGAUUCUUCUUUAGGGCCCGAGCCAGCUGCAGAGCAGCCGGGCGUAGGCCCUGUUAUUCCUGUAGGGGUUUUUCUUUGUUUCUUUCUUAGGGCCCGAGCCAGCUGCAGAGCAGCCGGGCGUAGGCCCUAUUAUUCCCCAAGAGGUUUUUCUUUGUUUCUUUCUUUAGGGCCCGAACGUAGCUGCUAAGCAGCUGCGAGAGCCCUCUUGUUCCUGUAGUUUCCUUCUUUUGUUAUUAUUAUUAUUUUUCCUCCCCUUUGAACUGGAAAAUGGCCCACUUCCCACUGGCGAAAACUCAUGAAAUUUGGCAGGACGACCGGGCCUGGUGAAAAAUUUGAUAUUCUGAAGUCGCCCAAACAAUAAAAUGCAAAAUGGCUCCAUAGCGCCCCCUAAGGUGAAAAUUCACACUAUUCACUGUCACGCCUGUACGCUUUGUCAAAAUGACACAAAAAUUGACACACACAUGUAUCUCAAUAAGAUCUACAAAAAAGUCAGUGCGGGCGUAUCUGUCAAAUGUACGGUUAAAGGGUUAUUUCGCAUUUUUUGCCGAUCCGCACACAUUGGAAUUUCGCUAACUCCUCCGAAGGCUUUCGUUCCACCGGCACCACAUUUGCUCAGGCCAAUCUACACCCCAUGGCCAUUAAAAGUUAUUCAAAUCAUGACGCUGCACCCCACGGUUUAGGUUCUAGGGGGCGCCAAAGAUAACCCUAAGAUCCACAUAUUUAAAAGUCUUAUAACUUUUUAUUUUUGCCCUCACUGGCCUCCAAGUUUUCUAGGAUGAUGCAAUGUCCAGCCAUCAACACAUUUGUGAAGGAAUUUUUACUCCCCAAAAGAGCGCCCCCCCAUGGCAGGAGAAAAAAGUCCAUUUUUUCUUGUCCCCUAAGGUGAAAAUACACAUUGUUGAGUGUAACACCUGUACGCUUUGUCAAAAUGACACAAAAAUUGACACACACAUGUAACUCAAUAAGAUCUACGAAAAAGUCAAUGCGCGCGUAUCUGUCAAAUGUACGGUUAAAGGGUUAUUCCGCAUUUUUUGCCGAUCCGCACACAUUGGAAUUUCGCUAACUCCUCCGAAGGCUUUCGUUCCACCGGCACCACAUUUGCUCAGGCCAAUCUACACCCCAUGGCCAUUAAAAGUUAUUCAAAUCAUGACGCUGCACCCCACGGUUUAGGUUCUAGGGGGAGCCAAAGAUAACCGUAAAAUCCACAUAUUUAAAAGUCUUAUAACUUUUUAUUUUUGUCCCCACUGGCCUCCAAGUUUUCUAGGAUGAUGCAAUGUCCAGCCAUCAACACAUUUGUGAAGGAAUUUUUACUCGGCAAAAGAGCGCCCCCCCAUGGCAGGAGAAAAAAGUCAAUUUUUUCUUGUCCACUAAGGUGAAAAUACACAUUGUUGAGUGCUACGCCUGUAUGUUUUGUCGUAGUGACACAAAAUUUUACAUACACGUGUAUUUCAAUAAGAUCUUCGAAAAAGUCAAUGGCCACGUAUCUGUCAAAUGUACGGUUAAAGGGUUAUUUCGCAUUUUUUGCAGAUUCGCACACAUUGGAAUGUGGCUAAUUCCUCCGAAGGCUUUCGUUCCACCGGCACCACAUUUGCUCAGGCCAAUCUACACCCCAUGGCCAUUAAAAGUUAUUCAAAUCAUGACGCUGCACCCCACGGUUUAGGUUCUAGGGGGCGCCAAAGAUAACCCUAAAAUCCACAUAUUUAAAAGUCUUAUAACUUUUUAUUUUUGUCCUCACUGGCCUCCAAGUUUUCUAGGAUGAUGCAAUGUCCAGCCAUCAACACAUUUGUGAAAGAAUUUUUUCUCCCCAAAAGAGCGCCCCCCCAUGGCAGGAGAAAAAGUUAAGUUUUUCCUGCCCUUCGCCCAAUGGCUCAAACGCAUCGCUCUCUCGGCAAAACCGAAAGGAGGAGCAACUUGCCAUUUGGAUAUAUGGAAGCUGUGUUUGUGCCCUCACUCAUGGUCCAGACUUUUUUCAAAAAGGACAUGGAGUUUGUCUGCAGCGAGCAUUUUGGUAGAAACUGCGCCUCCCAUUCAUUAUAAUGGUAAAUGACCACAGACAAGUGCGCACACCAUCUUUGGACCUUGAGUGUGACGCGAUCGGGAGGGGGAGGCGGUCGCGCUGGGGGCGGCGCGACACGGCUCGGGCCCGCCAGUGCCCCACCGGGGCCCUAGUUCUUUCUUUCUUUCUUCUUUUUCCUCCCCUUUGAACUGGAAAAUGGCCCACUUCCCACUGGCGAAAACUCAUGAAAUUUGGCAGGACGACCGGGCCUGGUGAAAAAUUCGAUAUUCUGAAGUCGCCCAAACAAUAAAAUGCAAAAUGGCUCCAUAGCGCCCCCUAAGGUGGAAAUUCACACUAUUGACUGUCACGCCUGUACGCUUUGUCAUAUUGACACAAAAAUUGACACACAUAUGUAUCUCAAUAAGAUCUACAAAAAAGUCAGUGCGGCCGUAUCUGUCAAAAUUACGGUUAAAGGGUUAUUUCGCAUUUUUUGCCGAUCCGCACACAUUGGAAUUUCGCUAACUCCUCCGAAGGCUUUCGUUCCACCGGCACCACAUUUGCUCAGGCCAAUCUACACCCCGUGGCCAUUAAAAGUUAUCAAAAUCAUGACGCUGCACCCCAAGGUUUAGGUUCUAGGGGGCGCCAAAGAUAACACUAAAAUCCACAUAUUUAAAAGUCUUAUAACUUUUUAUUUUUGUCCUCACUGGCCUCCAAGUUUUCUAGGAUGAUGCAAUGUCCAGCCAUCAACACAUUUGUGAAGGAAUUUUUACUCCCAAAAGAGCGCCCCCCCAUGGCAGGAGAAAAAAGUCCAUUUUUUCUUGUCCCCUAAGGUGAAAAUACACAUUGUUGAGUGUCACGCCUAUACGCUUUGUCAAAAUGACACAAAAAUUGACACACACAUGUAACUCAAUAAGAUCUACAAAAAAGUCCAUGCGCGCGUAUCUGUCAAAUGUACAGUUAAAGGGUUAUUCCGCAUUUUUUGCCGAUACGCACACAUUGGAAUUUCGCUAACUCCUCCGAAGGCUUUCGUUCCACCGGCACCACAUUUGCUCAGGCCAAUCUACACCCCAUGGCCAUUAAAAGUUAUUCAAAUCAUGAUGCUGCACCCCAUGGUUUAGGUUCUAGGGGGCGCCAAAAAUAACCCAAAAAUCCACAUUCUUAAAUGUUUUAUAACUUUUUAUUUUUGUCCUCACUGGCCUCCAAGUUUUCUAGGAUGAUGCAAUGUCCAGCCAUCAACACAUUUGUGAAGGAAUUUUUACUCCCCAAAAGAGCGCCCCCCCAUGGUAGGAGAAAAAAGUCAAUUUUUUCUUGUCCCCUUACAUAAAAAUACACAUUGUUGAGUGUCACGCCUGAACGCUUUGUCAUAUUGACACAAAAAUUGACAAUCAUGUGUAUCUCAAUUAGAUCUACGAAAAAGUCAAAGAGCGUGUAUCUGUAUAAUGUACGGUUAAAGGGCUAUUUUGCAUUUUUUGCCGAUUCGCACACAUUGGAAUGUGGCUAUCUCCUCCUAAGGCUUUCGUCCCACCGAUACCAAAUUUGCUCAGGGCAAUCUACACCCCAUGCCCAUUCAAAGUUGUAAAAAUCAUGACGCUGCACCCCACGGUUUACGUUCUAGGGGGCGCCAAAAAUGACCCAAAAAUCCACAUUCUUAAAAGUCAUUUUGGCCACUGCAGGAGUACAGAGUACUGCAGUUCUAGGGGGCGCCAAAGAUGACCCAAAAAUCCACAUUCUUAAAAGUCUUUUUGGCCACUGCAGGAGUACAGAGUACUGCAGGAUACACACACAUAUACACACACGCCAACAUACACACACACACACACACACACACACACACACACACACACACACACACACUCAGAGUCUGUUUUUUAGCACCUGCAAAAACAUGCUGUUUACAUAUUUGACAAGAAUGCAGAGGCUUCCUUUUGCCCCUGAAAAAAAUCAAAUUUCAAACACAACUUGACUGUUCAUUUCUCCAAAAGACAACCAUGAAGCUCCAUUUCAAACCUGAAGCAGAUAGUUGGUGCAUGUGUACAGUAACCUGAGGGGAGUGAGGUGAGUGCUUCUGAGGAGAACAUGAGCAGUGAAGAUUCACCUUGGAGCUAGAACAGAGACAUGCACAUGAUUAUACAGGGGCAGGGGCUCAAGUUUUUUCCAGUCGUUUAUACAAUAUGGAAAUUAAUGUGAAAUUAAAACACAAAGUAUUAAUAGAAAGGUAAUGACUGUCCUGUGUAGGUGACAGUGAUAUCCAAUAGGCUAGGCACUCACGAGGCUGGCUGUGGCAAGUGUAAGUGAAAGCAACACGCACUGGCAGGAAGAACAGCAAACGCCGAUGAAGGAAAAGGGUCUUUGCAGUGAUGGGCGUUACCAGAGAGGGCGAUGGCCAGAGAACACAAAUGGGACGGGGAGGCAGCACGUUGGGGGGGACGCGACACGGCUCGGGCCCGCCAGUGCCCCAACGGGGUCCUAGUUCUUUGUUUCUUUCUUUCUUUUUUCUUUUUCCUCCCCUUUGAACUGGAAAAUGGCCCACUUCCCACUGGCGAAAACUCAUGAAAUUUGGCAGGACGACCGGGCCUGGUGAAAAAUUUGAUAUUCUGAAGUCGCCAAAACAAUAAAAUGCAAAAUGGCUCCAUAGCGCCCCCUAAGAUGAAAAUUCACACUAUUCACUGUCACGACUGUACGCUUUGUCAAAAUGACACAAAAAUUGACACACACAUGUAUCUCAAUAAGAUCUACAAAAAAGUCAGUGCGGCCGUAUCUGUCAAAAUUACGGUUAAAGGGUUAUUUCGCAUUUUUUGCCGAUCUGCACACAUUGAAAUUUCGCUAACUCCUCCGAAGGCUUUCGUUCCACCGGCACCACAUUUGCUCAGGCCAAUCUACACCCCGUGGCCAUUAAAAGUUAUCAAAAUCAUGACGCUGCACCCCAAGGUUUAGGUUCUAGGGGGCGCCAAAGAUAACACUAAAAUCCACAUAUUUAAAAGUCUUAUAACUUUUUAUUUUUGUCCUCACUGGCCUCCAAGUUUUCUAGGAUGAUGCAAUGUCCAGCCAUCAACACAUUUGUGAAGGAAUUUUUACUCCCCAAAAGAGCGCCCCCCCAUGGCAGGAGAAAAAAGUCCAUUUUUUCUUGUCUCCUAAGGUGAAAAUACACAUUGUUGAGUGUCACGCCUAUACGCUUUGUCAAAAUGACACAAAAAUUGACACACACAUGUAACUCAAUAAGAUCUACGAAAAAGUCAAUGCGCGCGUAUCUGUCAAAUGUACGGUUAAAGGGUUAUUCCGCAUUUUUUGCCGAUCCGCACACAUUGGAAUGUGGCUAACUCCUCCUAAGGCUUUCGUUCCACCGGCACCACAUUUGCUCAGGCCAAUCUACACCCCAUGGCCAUUAAAAGUUAUCAAAAUCAUGACGCUGCACCCCACGGUUUAGGUUCUAGGGGGCGCCAAAGAUAACCCUAAAAUCCACAUAUUUAAAAGUCUUAUAACUUUUAAGUUUGUCCUCACUGGCCUCCAAGUUUUCUAGGAUGAUGCAAUGUCCAGCCAUCAACACAUUUGUGAAGGAAUUUUUACUCCCCAAAAGAGCGCCCCCCCAUGGCAGGAGAAAAAAGUCCAUUUUUUCUUGUCCCCUAAGGUGAAAAUACAUAUUGUUGAGAUUCACGCCUAUACGCUUUGUCAUAUUGACACAAAAUUUGACAAUCACGUGCCUUGCCUGGUAUCAUUUUUUUCAGCACAACCUCACCUGUGCGAAUUUACAGUUAUUUCAUCAUGUUGACAUACUGAAUUUACACAAUGGACCCAAAUUCACACACAAAACAUAAAAUCCGAGUGGAAAAAAGUAACAUUUUUACUGUGAAAACCACAAAUAUGUGUGAUGAACUGUUUUUAAAACUUAAACUUCAAAUAAAAAUUGUAAACUUCAAAACAUAUGCAAAUUUUUAACAAAGAACAUAGUGAUUUACCUCUAUUUACAUCAAAAUGCAGGCAAUGGCCCAGGCGUUCUUUGUAAAAUUAUUUACAAAACACUGUAUAGUCUCACAAAUGUCACUUUUUAUUUAUGCCACUACAAAAAAACAUGAUGUAAAUGAUGCAUGAUGUAAAACAUGAUGUAAAAAACUUGUGUAGAUCCUCCUGUAUGUCAGUCCAUGUGUAAUUUUUCCAUAAUUCUUUGUUUUUUGCAGCAUUUUUGUUAGUGUAACUGCAGAUUGUGCUGACAGUGUCUAUGGCACAAAAAAAAAAAAAUUAAAAUGCCUCAACAUGAACCCCUGGUGGUCUCUGAGGGUGAAACCUGCUAACUGCUGCAGCUCUGUCAGCUUCAGUCUCCCAUGCAGAGCUCUGAGCGCAUGUGUGGCUCUGCACCCUUAGCAGCGUUGCUAACUCCUCAGUAAGGAAAGCCUGCUUCAUGUCAGAGUCUCUAAACUCCAGAAGAAGUCGAUAAAAGUCCCUUUCUUUCUAAAAAAAAGUCGUUAGGGGGUCUGAAAAGUCAUUGAAUCUAACAACAAAGUCGCUAGGUUUGCAACUACGUGUCCCAGACUGCAUCCCUGCUGAGAGUCCCUCCCUCCCUUCUCAUGUUGCAGGAAGAACGUAAGCGUCCGCCCCUUGUCAAUCAGUCACCAUAUAAUUUUGGAUUGGUUGUUGUGGAGGAAGUUUUCCACCAAUAGGAGAGAUGUUGUGGUGUGUUUUUUUUUCUUUUGGCAAGCCUUUUCCGCCUGUAAGACCUGUCGCUAAUGUCUGCAUGCUAUGUUUUCCUGUCUCAUACAGCGCGAUCGAGCGCCGAACGUGAUCAAAAUAAGCAGAAAACAAGUAUCGCGGACAUAAUUUAUCAUAACUCUGGUUUUAUUUGGCCUAUCAACACAAUUUAAAAACUGGUAUAUAGGUUGAGGUCCUCACUUUUGAGAUAAGUUGAAACGGAGAGUCAACAAGGCUCCGUCUUGCAGCUACAUCCGGUUAAAUAUGUCAUGUGACUUGAACGCACACACAGACACUCACACACACACACACACACACACACACACACACACACACACACACACACACUCAGAGUCUGGUUUUUAGCACCUGCAAAAACAUGCUAUUUACAUAUUUGACAAGAAUGCAGAGGCUCCUUUUGCCCCUGAAAAAAAUCAAAUUUCAAACACAACUUGACUGCUCAUUUCUCCAAAAGACAACCAUGAAGCUCCAUCCAAACCUGAAGCAGGCAGUUGGUGCAUGUGUACAGUAACCUGAGGGGAGUGAGGUGAGUGCUUCUGAGGAGAACAUGAGCAGUGAAGAUUCACCUUGGAGCUAGAACAGAGACAUGCACAUGAUUAUACAGGGGCAGGGGCUCAAGUUUUUUCCAGUCGUUUAUACAAUAUGGAAAUUAAUGUGAAAUUAAAACACAAAGUAUUAAUAGAAAGGUAAUGACUGUCCUGUGUAGGUGACAGUGAUAUCCAAUAGGCUAGGCACUCACGAGGCUGGCUGUGGCAAGUGUAAGUGAAAGCAACACGCACUGGCAGGAAGAACAGCAAACGCCGAUGAAGGAAAAAGGUCUUUGCAGUGAUGGGCGUUACCAGAGAGGGCGAUGGCCAGAGGACACAAAUGGGACGGGGAGGCAGCACGUUGGGGGGGGACGCGACACGGCUCGGGCCCGCCAGUGCCCCAACGGGGUCCUAGUUAGGGCCCGAGCCAGCUGCAGAGCAGCCGGGCGUAGGCCCUAUUAUUCCCCAAGUGGUUUUUCUUUGUUUCUUUCUUUCUUUUUUCUUUUUCCUCCCCUUUGAACUGGAAAAUGGCCCACUUCCCACUGGCGAAAACUCAUGAAAUUUGGCAGGACGACCGGGCCUGGUGAAAAAUUCGAUAUUCUGAAGUCGCCCAAACAAUAAAAUGCAAAAUGGCUCCAUAGCGCCCCCUAAGGUGGAAAUUCACACUAUUGACUGUCACGCCUGUACGCUUUGUCAUAUUGACACAAAAAUUGACACACAUAUGUAUCUCAAUAAGAUCUACAAAAAAGUCAGUGCGGCCGUAUCUGUCAAAAUUACGGUUAAAGGGUUAUUUCGCAUUUUUUUCCGAUCCGCACACAUUGGAAUUUCGCUAACUCCUCCGAAGGCUUUCGUUCCACCGGCACCACAUUUGCUCAGGCCAAUCUACACCCCGUGGCCAUUAAAAGUUAUCAAAAUCAUGACGCUGCACCCCAAGGUUUAGGUUCUAGGGGGCGCCAAAGAUAACACUAAAAUCCACAUAUUUAAAAGUCUUAUAACUUUUUAUUUUUGUCCUCACUGGCCUCCAAGUUUUCUAGGAUGAUGCAAUGUCCAGCCAUCAACACAUUUGUGAAGGAAUUUUUACUCCCCAAAAGAGCGCCCCCCCAUGGCAGGAGAAAAAAGUCCAAUUUUUCUUGUCCCCUAAGGUGAAAAUACACAUUGUUCAGUGUCACGCCUACACGCUUUGUCAAAAUGACACAAAAAUUGACACACACAUGUAACUCAAUAAGAUCUACGAAAAAGUCAAUGCGCGCGUAUCUGUCAAAUGUACGGUUAAAGGGUUAUCUCGCAUUUUUUGCCGAUCCGCACACAUUGGAAUUUCGCUAACUCCUCCGAAGGCUUUCGUUCCACCGGCACCACAUUUGCUCAGGCCAAUCUACACCCCGUGGCCAUUAAAAGUUAUCAAAAUCAUGACGCUGCACCCCAAGGUUUAGGUUCUAGGGGGCGCCAAAGAUAACACUAAAAUCCACAUAUUUAAAAGUCUUAUAACUUUUUAUUUUUGUCCUCACUGGCCUCCAAGUUUUCUAGGAUGAUGCAAUGUCCAGCCAUCAACACAUUUGUGAAGGAAUUUUUACUCCCCAAAAGAGCGCCCCCCCAUGGCAGGAGAAAAAAGUCCAUUUUUUCUUGUCCCCUAAGGUGAAAAUACACAUUGUUGAGUGUCACGCCUAUACGCUUUGUCAAAAUGACACAAAAAUUGACACACACAUGUAACUCAAUAAGAUCUACGAAAAAGUCAAUGCGCGCGUAUCUGUCAAAUGUAUGGUUAAAGGGUUUUUUCGCAUUUUUUGCCGAUCCGCACACAUUGGAAUGUGGCUAACUCCUCCUAAGGCUUUCAUUCCACCGGCACCACAUUUGCUCAGGCCAAUCUACACCCCAUGGCCAUUAAAAGUUAUUCAAAUCAUGACGCUGCACCCCACGGUUUAGGUUCUAGGGGGCGCCAAAGAUAACCCUAAAAUCCACAUAUUUAAAAGUUUUAUAACUUUUUAUUUUUGUCCUCACUGGCCUCCAAGUUUUCUAGGAUGAUGCAAUGUCCAGCCAUCAACACAUUUGUGAAGGAAUUUUUACUCCCCAAAAGAGCGCCCCCCCAUGGCAGGAGAAAAAAGUCCAUUUUUUCUUGUCCCCUAAGGUGAAAAUACAUAUUGUUGAGAUUCACGCCUAUACGCUUUGUCAUAUUGACACAAAAUUUGACAAUCACGUGCCUUGCCUGGUAUCAUUUUUUUCAGCACAACCUCACCUGUGCGAAUUUACAGUUAUUUUAUCAUGUUGACAUACUGAAUUUACACAAUGGACCCAAAUUCACACACAAAACAUAAAAUCCGAGUGGAAAAAAGUAACAUUUUUACUGUGAAAACCACAAAUAUGUGUGAUGAACUGUUUUUAAAACUUAAACUUCAAAUAAAAAUUGUAAACUUCAAAACAUAUGCAAAUUUUUAACAAAGAACAUAGUGAUUUACCUCUAUUUACAUCAAAAUGCAGGCAAUGGCCCAGGCGUUCUUUGUAAAAUUAUUUACAAAACACUGUAUAGUCUCACAAAUGUCACUUUUUAUUUAUGCCACUACAAAAAAACAUGAUGUAAAUGAUGCAUGAUGUAAAACAUGAUGUAAAAAACUUGUGUAGAUCCUCCUCUAUGUCAGUCCAUGUGUAAUUUUUCCAUAAUUCUUUGUUUUUUGCAGCAUUUUUGUUAGUGUAACUGCAGAUUGUGCUGACAGUGUCUAUGGCACAAAAAAAAAAAAAAAUUAAAAUGCCUCAACAUGAACCCCUGGUGGUCUCUGAGGGUGAAACCUGCUAACUGCUGCAGCUCUGUCAGCUUCAGUCUCCCAUGCAGAGCUCUGAGCGCAUGUGUGGCUCUGCACCCUUAGCAGCGUUGCUAACUCCUCAGUAAGGAAAGCCUGCUUCAUGUCAGAGUCUCUAAACUCCAGAAGAAGUCGAUAAAAGUCCCUUUCUUUCUAAAAAAAAGUCGUUAGGGGGUCUGAAAAGUCAUUGAAUCUAACAACAAAGUCGCUAGGUUUGCAACUACGUGUCCCAGACUGCAUCCCUGCUGAGAGUCCCUCCCUCGCUUCUCAUGUUGCAGGAAGAACGUAAGCACCCGCCCCUUGUCAAUCAGUCACCAUAUAAUUUUGGAUUGGUUGUUGUGGUGAAGUUUUCCACCAAUAGGAGAGAUGUUGUGGUGUGGUUUUUUUCUUUUGGCAAGCCUUUUCCGCCUGUAAGACCUGUCGCUAAUGUCUGCAUGCUAUGUUUUCCUGUCUCAUACAGCGCGAUCGAGCGCCGAACGUGAUCAAAAUAAGCAGAAAAAAAGUAUCGCGGACAUAAUUUAUCAUAACUCUGGUUUUAUUUGGCCUAUCAACACAAUUUAAAAACUGGUAUAUAGGUUGAGGUCCUCACUUUUGAGAUAAGUUGAAACGGAGAGUCAACGAGGCUCCGUCUUGCAGCUACAUCCGGUUAAAUAUGUCAUGUGACUUGAACGCACACACAGACACACACACACGCACACACACACACACACACACACACACACACACUCAGAGUCUGGUUUUUAGCACCUGCAAAAACAUGCUAUUUACAUAUUUGACAAGAAUGCAGAGGCUCCUUUUGCCCCUGAAAAAAAUCAAAUUUCAAACACAACUUGACUGCUCAAUUCUCCAAAAGACAACCAUGAAGCUCCAUCCAAACCUGAAGCAGGCAGUUGGUGCAUGUGUACAGUAACCUGAGGGGAGUGAGGUGAGUGCUUCUGAGGAGAACAUGAGCAGUGAAGAUUCACCUUGGAGCUAGAACAGAGACAUGCACAUGAUUAUACAGGGGCAGGGGCUCAAGUUUUUUCCAGUCGUUUAUACAAUAUGGAAAUUAAUGUGAAAUUAAAACACAAAGUAUUAAUAGAAAGGUUAUGACUGUCCUGUGUAGGUGACAGUGAUAUCCAAUAGGCUAGGCACUCACGAGGCUGGCUGUGGCAAGUGUAAGUGAAAGCAACACGCACUGGCAAGAAGAACAGCAAACGCCGAUGAAGGAAAAGGGUCUUUGCAGUGAUGGGCGUUACCAGAGAGGGCGAUGGCCAGAGGACACAAAUGGGACGGGGAGGCAGCACGUUGGGGGGGGGACGCGACACGGCUCGGGCCCGCCAGUGCCCCAACGGGGUCCUAGUUAGGGCCCGAGCCAGCUGCAGAGCAGCCGGGCGUAGGCCCUGUUAUUCCUGUAGGGGUUUUUCUUUGUUUCUUUCUUUCUUCUUUUUCCUCCCCUUUGAACUGGAAAAUGGCCCACUUCCCACUGGCGAAAACUCAGGAAAUUUGGCAGGACGACCGGGCCUGGUGAAAAAUUUGAUAUUCCAAAGUCGCCCAAACAAGAAAAUGCAAAAUGGCUCCAUAGCGCCCCCUAAGGUGAAAAUUCACACUAUUGACUGUCACGCCUGUACGCUUUGUCAAAAUGACACAAAAAUUGACACACACAUGUAUCUCAAUAAGAUCUACAAAAAAGUCAGUGCGGGCGUAUCUGUCAAAUGUACGGUUAAAGGGUUAUUCCGCAUUUUUUGCCGAUCCGCACACAUUGGAAUUUCGCUAACUCCUCCUAAGGCUUUCGUUCCACCGGCACCACAUUUGCUCAGGCCAAUCUACACCCCAUGGCCAUUAAAAGUUAUCAAAAUCAUGACGCUGCACCCCACGGUUUAGGUUCUAGGGGGCGCCAAAGAUAACCCUAAAAUCCACAUAUUUAAAAGUCUUAUAACUUUUUAUUUUUGUCCUCACUGGCCUCCAAGUUUUCUAGGAUGAUGCAAUGUCCAGCCAUCAACACAUUUGUAAAGGAAUUUUUACUCCCCAAAAGAGCGCCCCCCCAUGGCAGGAGAAAAAAGUCCAUUUUUUCUUGUCCCCUAAGGUGAAAAUACACAUUGUUGAGUGUCACGCCUAUACGCUUUGUCAAAAUGACACAAAAAUUGACACACACAUGUAACUCAAUAAGAUCUACGAAAAAGUCAAUGCGCGCAUAUCUGUCAAAUGUACGGUUAAAGGGUUAUUCCGCAUUUUUUGCCGAUCCGCACACAUUGGAAUUUCGCUAACUCCUCCUAAGGCUUUCGUUCCACCGGCACCACAUUUGCUCAGGCCAAUCUACACCCCAUGGCCAUUAAAAGUUAUCAAAAUCAUGACGCUGCACCCCACGGUUUAGGUUCUAGGGGGCGCCAAAGAUAACCCUAAAAUCCACAUAUUUAAAAGUCUUAUAACUUUUUAUUUUUGUCCUCACUGGCCUCCAAGUUUUCUAGGAUGAUGCAAUGUCCAGCCAUCAACACAUUUGUAAAGGAAUUUUUACUCCCCAAAAGAGCGCCCCCCAUGGCAGGAGAAAAAAGUCCAUUUUUUCUUGUCCUCUAAGGUGAAAAUACAUAUUGUUGAGAUUCACGCCUAUACGCUUUGUCAUAUUGACACAACAUUUGACAAUCACGUGCCUUGCCUGGUAUCAUUUUUUUCAGCACAACCUCACCUGUGCGAAUUUACAGUUAUUUUAUCAUGUUGACAUACUGAAUUUACACAAUGGACCCAAAUUCACACACAAAACAUAAAAUCCGAGUGGAAAAAAGUAACAUUUUUACUGUGAAAACCACAAAUAUGUGUGAUGAACUGUUUUUAAAACUUAAACUUCAAAUAAAAAUUGUAAACUUCAAAACAUAUGCAAAUUUUUAACAAAGAACAUAGUGAUUUACCUCUAUUUACAUCAAAAUGCAGGCAAUGGCCCAGGCGUUCUUUGUAAAAUUAUUUACAAAACACUGUAUAGUCUCACAAAUGUCACUUUUUAUUUAUGCCACUACAAAAAAACAUGAUGUAAAUGAUGCAUGAUGUAAAACAUGAUGUAAAAAACUUGUGUAGAUCCUCCUCUAUGUCAGUCCAUGUGUAAUUUUUCCAUAAUUCUUUGUUUUUUGCAGCAUUUUUGUUAGUGUAACUGCAGAUUGUGCUGACAGUGUCUAUGGCACAAAAAAAAAAAAUUAAUUAAAAUGCCUCAACAUGAACCCCUGGUGGUCUCUGAGGGUGAAACCUGCUAACUGCUGCAGCUCUGUCAGCUUCAGUCUCCCAUGCAGAGCUCUGAGCGCAUGUGUGGCUCUGCACCCUUAGCAGCGUUGCUAACUCCUCAGUAAGGAAAGCCUGCUUCAUGUCAGAGUCUCUAAACUCCAGAAGAAGUCGAUAAAAGUCCCUUUCUUUCUAAAAAAAGUCGUUAGGGGGUCUGAAAAGUCAUUGAAUCUAACAACAAAGUCGCUAGGUUUGCAACUACGUGUCCCAGACUGCAUCCCUGCUGAGAGUCCCUCCCUCCCUUCUCAUGUUGCAGGAAGAACGUAAGCGCCCCCCCCUUGUCAAUCAGUCACCAUAUAAUUUUGGAUUGGUUGUUGUGGUGAAGUUUUCCACCAAUAGGAGAGAUGUUGUGGUGUGUUUUUUUUUUCUUUUGGCAAGCCUUUUCCGCCUGUAAGAGCUGUCGCUAAUGUCUGCAUGCUAUGUUUUCCUGUCUCAUACAGCGCGAUCGAGCGCCGAACGUGAUCAAAAUAAGCAGAAAAAAAGUAUUGCGGACAUAAUUUAUCAUAACUCUGGUUUUAUUUGGCCUAUCAACACAAUUUAAAAACUGGUAUAUAGCUUGAGGUCCUCACUUUUGAGAUAAGUUGAAACGGAGAGUCAACGAGGCUCCGUCUUGCAGCUACAUCCGGUUAAAUAUGUCAUGUGACUUGAACGCACACACAGACACACACACACGCACACGCACACACACACACACACACACACACACACACACACACACACUCAGAGUCUGGUUUUUAGCACCUGCAAAAACAUGCUAUUUACAUAUUUGACAAGAAUGCAGAGGCUCCUUUUGCCCCUGAAAAAAAUCAAAUUUCAAACACAACUUGACUGGUCAUUUCUCCAAAAGACAACCAUGAAGCUCCAUCCAAACCUGAAGCAGGCAGUUGGUGCAUGUGUACAGUAACCUGAGGGGAGUGAGGUGAGUGCUUCUGAGGAGAACAUGAGCAGUGAAGAUUCACCUUGGAGCUAGAACAGAGACAUGCACAUGAUUAUACAGGGGCAGGGGCUCAAGUUUUUUCCAGUCGUUUAUACAAUAAGGAAAUUAAUGUGAAAUUAAAACACAAAGUAUUAAUAGAAAGGUAAUGACUGUCCUGUGUAGGUGACAGUGAUAUCCAAUAGGCUAGGCACUCACGAGGCUGGCUGUGGCAAGUGUAAGUGAAAGCAACACGCACUGGCAGGAAGAACAGCAAACGCAGAUGAAGGAAAAGGGUCUUUGCAGUGAUGGGCGUUACCAGAGAGGGCGAUGGCCAGAGGACACAAAUGGGACGGGGAGGCAGCACGUUGGGGGGGGGGGACGCGACACGGCUCGGGCCCGCCAGUGCCCCAACGGGGUCCUAGUUAGGGCCCGAGCGUAGCUGCUAAGCAGCUGCGAGAGCCCUCUUGUUCCUGCAUGUUUCCUUCUUUCGUUAUUAUUUUUCCUCCGCUUUAAACUGGAAAAUGGCCCACUUCCCACUGGCGAAAACUCAGGAAAUUUGGCAGGACGACCGGGCCUGGUGAAAAAUUCGAUAUUCUGAAGUCGCCCAAACAAUAAAAUGCAAAAUGGCUCCAUAGCGCCCCCUAAGGUGAAAAUUCACAUGACGGCUGUACGCUUUGUCAUAUUGACACAAAAAUUGACACACACAUGUAUCUCAAUAAGAUCUACAAAAAAGUCAGUGCGGGCGUAUCUGUCAAAUGUACGGUUAAUGGGUUAUUUUGCAUUUUUUGCAGAUCUGCACACAUUGGAAUUUCGCUAACUCCUCCGAAGGCUUUCGUUCGACCGACACCACAUUUGUGCAGGCCAAUCUACCCCCCAUGGCCAUUAAAAGUUGUACAAAUCAUGACGCUGCACCCCACGGUUUACGUUCUAGGGGGCGCCAAAGAUAACCCAAAAUCCACAUUCUUAAAAGUCUUAUAACUUUUUAUUUUUGUCCUCACUGCCCUCCAAGUUUUCUAGGAUGAUGCAAUGUCCAGCCAUCAACACAUUUGUGAAGGAAUUUUUACUCCCCAAAAGAGCGCCCCCCCAUGGCAGGAGAAAAAAGUCAAUUUUUUCUUGUCCCCUUACAUGAAAAUACACAUUGUUGAGUGUCACGCCUGAACGCUUUGUCAUAUUGACACAAAAAUUGACAAUCAUGUGUAUCUCAAUUAGAUCUACGAAAAAGUCAAAAAGCGCGUAUCUGUAUAAUGUACGGUUAAAGGGCUAUUUCGCAUUUUUUGCCGAUUCGCACACAUUGGAAUGUGGCUAUCUCCUCCUAAGGCUUUCGUCCCACCGAUACCAAAUUUGCUCAGGGCAAUCUACACCCCAUGCCCAUUCAAAGUUGUAAAAAUCAUGACGCUGCACCCCACGGUUUACGUUCUAGGGGGCGCCAAAGAUGACCCAAAAAUCCACAUUCUUAAAAGUCAUUUUGGCCACUGCAGGAGUACAGAGUACUGCAGUUCUAGGGGGCGCCAAAGAUGACCCAAAAAUCCACAUUCUUAAAAGUCUUUUUGGCCACUGCAGGAGUACAGAGUACUGCAGGAUACACACACAUACACACACACACACACACACACACUCAGAGUCUGUUUUUUAGCACCUGCAAAAACAUGCUGUUUACAUAUUUGACAAGAAUGCAGAGGCUCCUUUUGCCCCUGAAAAAAAUCAAAUUUCAAACACAACUUGACUGUUCAUUUCUCCAAAAGACAACCAUGAAGCUCCAUCCAAACCUGGAGCAGAUAGUUGGUGCAUGUGUACAGUAACCUGAGGGGAGUGAGGUGACUAUUUCUGAGGAGAACAUGAGCAGUGAAGAUUCACCUUGGAGCUAGAACAGGGACGUGCACAUAAUUAUACAGGGGCAGGGGCUCAAGUUUUUUCCAGUCAUUUAUACAAUAUGGAAAUUAAUGUGAAAUUAAACCACAAAUAUGUGUGAUGAACUGUUUUUAAAACUUAAACUUCAAAUAAAAAUUGUAAACUUCAAAACAUAUGCAAAUUUUUAACGAAGAACAUAGUAAUUUACCUCUAUUUACAUCAAAAUGCAGGCAAUGGCCCAGGUGUUCUUUGUAAAAUUAUUUACAAAACACUGUAUAGUCUCACAAAUGUCACUUUUUAUUUAUGCCACUACAAAAAAACAUGAUGUAAAUGAUGCAUGAUGUAAAACAUGAUGUAAAAAACUUGUGUAGAUCCUCCUCUAUGUCAGUCCAUGUGUAAUUUUUCCAUAAUUCUUUGUUUUUUGCAGCAUUUUUGUUAGUGUAACUGCAGAUUGUGCUGACAGUGUCUAUGGCAAAAAAAAAAAAAAACUGAAAAUGCCUCAACAUGAACCCCUGGUGGUCUCUGAGGGUUAAACCUGCUAACUGCUGCAGCUCUGUCAGCUUCAGUCUCCCAUGCAGAGCUCGGAGCGCAUGUGUGGCUCUGCACCCUUAGCAGCGUUGCUAACUCCUCAGUAAGGAAAGCCUGCUUCAUGUCAGAGUCUCUAAACUCCAGAACUCCAGAAGAAGUCGAUAAAAGUCCCUUUCUUUCUAAAAAAAAAGUCAUUAGGGGGUCUGAAAAGUCAUUGAAUCUAACAACAAAGUCGCUAGGUUUGCAACUACGUGUCCCAGACUGCAUCCCUGCUGAGAGUCCCUCCCUCCCUUCUCAAGUUGCAGGAAGAACGCGAGCUCCCGUCCCGUGUCAAUCAGUCACCAUAUAAUUUUGGAUUGGUUGUUGUGGUGAAGUUUUCCACCAAUAGGAGAGAUGUUGUGGUGUGUUUUUUUCUUUUCUUUUGGCAAGUCUUUUCCGCCUGUAAGAGCUUUCGCUAAUGUCUGCAUGCUAUGUUUUCCUGUCUCAUACAGCGCGAUCGAGCGCCGAACGUGAUCAAAAUAAGCAGAAAAAAGUAUCGCGGACAUAAUUUAUCAUAACUCUGGUUUUAUUUGGCCUAUCAACACAAUUUGAAAACUGGUGUAUAGUUUGAGGUCCUCACUUUUGAGAUAAGUUGAAACGGAGAAUCAACGAGGCUCCGUCUUGCAGCUACAUCCGGUUAAAUAUGUCAUGUGACUUGAACGCUGGGGAACGUCAAUCGACUGCAGAGCCAGCAGACAAAGUAGUUAUGGCCACUGAGAGGCACACAUUUGUCAUAUGCUAUAAUCCUAACAUAUUUAAAUGCCUUUUCUAUUUAAACCUAAUGGAUCUAAGCUUUGACCUUCAAAAUUUAGGAAGAAUAUGUUUUUGCAGUAAUGACCCCCUUAAACAACCAGAGGUCCUUUCCUAAAGUUUAUGGAAAUUUUAGUGAAGUCCUUGGUUUCUUUCCUUGCAAAAUGUAUAGAAAUAAUUAAGCUAAAUACCAUAAAAUGGUCUUGGCGUAUUAGCAGUGAUAUAAAAUAGUGGUUUGAAUAUGAAUGAACAACAAAAAAAAGAUCAACAGAGCCUUUUUGAGUUGGGAUUCUUUCAUUAUCACACAAAAACAGACAUAGACAGACAUCUAAAGGGUAAGGGAAUGAUCAGCCCUCCUAACUCUCAGAUGAAUCUUCAAAAUUCACCUCAGAAAUAUGCUUAUUCUUCUUCUCAGAGUACUGCAGGACACACACACACACACACACACACACACACACACACACACACACACACACACACACACACACACACAGAGUCUUUUUUUAGCACCUGCAAAAACAUGUUAUUAACAUAUUUGACAAGAAUGCAGAGGCUCCUUUUGCCCCUGAAAAAAAUCAGAUUUCAAACACAACUUGACUGGUCAUUUCUCCAAAAGACAACCAUGAAGCUCCAUCCAAACCUGAAGCAGAUAGUUGGUGCAUGUGUACAGUAACCUGAGGGGAGUGAGGUGACUGCUUCUGAGGAGAACAUGAGCAGUGAAGAUUCACCUUGGAGCUAGAACAGGGACGUGCACAUGAUAAUACAGGGGCAGGGGCUCAAGUUUUUUCCAGUCAUUUAUACAAUAUGGAAAUUAAUGUGAAAUUAAAAACAAAGAAUUAAUAGAAAGGUAAUGACUGUCCUGUGUAGGUGACAGUGAUAUCCAAUGGGCUAGGCACUCACGAGGCUGGCUGUUGCAAGUGUUAGUGAAAGCAACACGCACUGGCAGGAAGAACAGCAAACACCGAUGAAGGAAAAGGCUCUUUGCAGUGAUGGGCGUUACCAGAGAGGGCGAUGGCCAGAGGACCCGAAUGGGACGGGGAGGCAGCGCGUUGGGGGGGGGGGGGGGCGACACAGCUCGGGCCCGCCAGUGCCCCAACGGGGCCCGAGUUAGGGCCCGAGCGUAGCUGCUAAGCAGCUGCGAGAGCCCUAUUAUUCCCCAAGUGGUUUUUCUUUGUUUCUUUCUUUCUUUCUUUCUUUAGGGCCCGAGCGUAGCUGCUAAGCAGCUGCGAGAGCCCUCUUGUUCCUGCAUGUUUCCUUCUUUAGGGCCCGAGCGUAGCUGCUAAGCAGCUGCGAGAGCCCUAUUAUUCCCCAAGGGGUUUUUCUUUGUUUCUUUCUUUCUUUCUUUCUUCUUUUUCCUCCCCUUUGAACUGGAAAAUGGCCCACUUCCCACUGGCGAAAACUCAGGAAAUUUGGCAGGACGACCGGGCCUGGUGAAAAAUUCGAUAUUCCGAAGUCGCCCAAACAAGAAAAUGCAAAAUGGCUCCAUAGCGCCCCCUAAGGUGAAAAUUCACACUAUUGACUGUCACGCCUGUACGCUUUGUCAAAAUGACACAAAAAUUGACACACACAUGUAUCUCAAUAAGAUCUACAAAAAAGUCAGUGCGGGCGUAUCUGUCAAAUGUACGGUUAAAGGGUUAUUUCGCAUUUUUUGCCGAUCCGCACACAUUGGAAUUUCGCUAACUCCUCCGAAGGCUUUCGUUCCACCGGCACCACAUUUGCUCAGGCCAAUCUACACCCCAUGGCCAUUAAAAGUUAUUCAAAUCAUGACGCUGCACCCCACGGUUUAGGUUCUAGGGGGCGCCAAAGAUAACCCUAAAAUCCACAUUUUUAAAAGUCUUAUAACUUUUUAUUUUUGCCCUCACUGGCCUCCAAGUUUUCUAGGAUGAUGCAAUGUCCAGCCAUCAACACAUUUGUGAAGGAAUUUUUACUCCCCAAAAGAGCGCCCCCCCAUGGCAGGAGAAAAAAGUCCAUUUUUUCUUGUCCCCUAAGGUGAAAAUACACAUUGUUGAGUGUCACGCCUGUACGCUUUGUCAAAAUGACACAAAAAUUGACACACACAUGUAUCUCAAUAAGAUCUACAAAAAAGUCCAUGCGCGCGUAUCUGUCUAAUGUACGGUUAAAGGGUUAUUCCGCAUUUUUUGCCGAUUCGCACACAUUGGAAUUUCGCUAACUCCUCCGAAGGCUUUCGUUCCACCGGCACCACAUUUGCUCAGGCCAAAUUACACCCCAUGGCCAUUAAAAGUUAUUCAAAUCAUGACGCUGCACCCUACGGUUUACGUUCUAGGGGGCGCCAAAGAUAACCCAAAAAUCCACAUUUUUAAAAGUGUUAUAACUUUUUAUUUUUGUCCUCACUGGCCUCCAAGUUUUUUAGGAUGAUGCAAUGUCCAGCCAUCAACAAAUUUGUGAAGGAAUUUUUACUUCCUAAAAGAGCGCCCCCCCAUGGCAGGAGAAAAAAGUCCAUUUUUUCUUGUCCCCUAAGGUGAAAAUACACAUUGUUGACUGUCACGCCUGUACGCUUUGGCAAAAUGACACAAAAAUUGACAAUCAUGUGUAUCUCAAUUAGAUCUACGAAAAAGUCAAAGAGCGCGUAUCUGUAUAAUGUACGGUAAAAGGGCUAUUUUGCAUUUUUUGCCGAUUCGCACACAUUGGAAUUUCGCUAACUCCUCCUAAGGCUUUCGUCCCACUGACACCAAAUUUGCUCAGGCCAAUCUACACUCCAUGGCCAUUCAAAGUUGUAAAAAUCAUGACGCUGCACCCCACGGUUUACGUUUUAGGGGGCGCCAAAGAUGACCCAAAUAUACAUUACAGUAGACAAAGUAGUUUUGCCCACUGAGUGGCGCCAAAGGGACUUGUCUAUGGAGUCUGUGAGUCACUAUUGGCCGUUUUUGACUACUUUAGAUUUUACCUUUAUAUUUCCUCUUACAAAAUUUUUACCUUGCCUUGCCUGGUAUCAUUUUUUUCAGCACAACCUCACCUGUGUCAAUUUACAGUUAUUCUAUCAUUUUGACAUACUAUAUUUACACAUUGGACCCAAAUUCACACACAAAACAUAAAAUCCGAGUGGAAAAAAGUAACGUUUUUACUGUGAAAACCACAAAUAUGUGUGAUGAACUGUUUUUAAAACUUAAACUUCAAAUAAAAAUUGUAAACUUCAGAACAUAUGCAAAUUUUUAACAAAGAACAUAGUAAUUUACCUCUAUUUACAUCAAAAUGCAGGCAAUGGCUCAGGUGUUCUUUGUAAAAUUAUUUACAAAACACUGUAUAGUCUCACAAAUGUCACUUUUUAUUUAUGCCACUACAAAAAAAACAUGAUGUAAAUGAUGCAUGAUGUAAAACAUGAUGUAAAAAACUUGUGUAGAUCCUCCUCUAUGUUAGUCCAUGUGUAAUUUUUCCAUAAUUCUUUGUUUUUUGCAGCAUUUUUGUUAGUGUAACUGCAGAUUGUGCUGACAGUGUCUAUGGCAAAAAAAAAAAAAAAACUGAAAAUGCCUCAACAUGAACCCCUGGUGGUCUCUGAGGGUGAAACCUGCUAACUGCUGCAGCUCUGUCAGCUUCAGUCUCCCAUGCAGAGCUCGGAGCGCAUGUGUGGCUCUGCACCCUUAGCAGCGUUGCUAACUCCUCAGUAAGGAAAGCCUGCUUCAUGUCAGAGUCUCAAAACUCCAGAAGAAGUCGAUAAAAGUCCCUUUCUUUCUAAAAAAAAAAGUUGUUAGGGGGUCUGAAAAGUCAUUGAAUCUAACAACAAAGUCGCUAGGUUUGCAACUACGUGUCCCAGACUGCAUCCCUGCUGAGAGUCCCUCCCUCCCUUCUCAUAUUGCAGGAAGAACGUAAGCGCCCGCCCCUUGUCAAUCAGUCACCAUAUAAUUUUGGAUUGGUUGUUGUGGUGAAGUUUUCCACCAAUAGGAGAGAUGUUGUGGUGUGUUUUUUUUUUUCCUUUGGCAAGCCUUUUCCGCCUGUAAGACCUGUCGCUAAUGUCUGCAUGCUAUGUUUUCCUGUCUCAUACAGCGCGAUCGAGCGCCGAACGUGAUCAAAAUAAGCAGAAAACAAGUAUCGCGGACAUAAUUUAUCAUAACUCUGGUUUUAUUUGGCCUAUCAACACAAUUUAAAAACUGGUAUAUAGGUUGAGGUCCUCACUUUUGAGAUAAGUUGAAACGGAGAGUCAACGAGGCUCCGUCUUGCAGCUACAUCCGGUUAAAUAUGUCAUGUGACUUGAACGCACACACAGACACACACACACACGCACACACACACACACACACACACUCAGAGUCUGGUUUUUAGCACCUGCAAAAACAUGCUAUUUACAUAUUUGACAAGAAUGCAGAGGCUCCUUUUGCCCCUGAAAAAAAUCAAAUUUCAAACACAACUUGACUGGUCAUUUCUCCAAAAGACAACCAUGAAGCUCCAUCCAAACCUGAAGCAGGCAGUUGGUGCAUGUGUACAGUAACCUGAGGGGAGUGAGGUGACUGCUUCUGAGGAGAACAUGAGCAGUGAAGAUUCACCUUGGAGCUAGAACAGAGACAUGCACAUGAUUAUACAGGGGCAGGGGCUCAAGUUUUUUCCAGUCGUUUAUACAAUAUGGAAAUUAAUGUGAAAUUAAAACACAAAGUAUUAAUAGAAAGGUAAUGACUGUCCUGUGUAGGUGACAGUGAUAUCCAAUAGGCUAGGCACUCACGAGGCUGGCUGUGGCAAGUGUAAGUGAAAGCAACACGCACUGGCAGGAAGAACAGCAAACGCCGAUGAAGGAAAAGGGUCUUUGCAGUGAUGGGCGUUAACAGAGAGGGCGAUGGCCAGAGGACACAAAUGGGACGGGGAGGCAGCACGUUGGGGGGGGGGGACGCGACACGGCUCGGGCCCGCCAGUGCCCCAACGGGGUCCUAGUUUCUUCUUUUUCCUCCCCUUUGAACUGGAAAAUGGCCCACUUCCCACUGGCGAAAACUCAUGAAAUUUGGCAGGACGACCGGGCCUGGUGAAAAAUUCGAUAUUCUGAAGUCGCCCAAACAAUAAAAUGCAAAAUGGCUCCAUAGCGCCCCCUAAGGUGGAAAUUCACACUAUUGACUGUCACGCCUGUACGCUUUGUCAUAUUGACACAAAAAUUGACACACAUAUGUAUCUCAAUAAGAUCUACAAAAAAGUCAGUGCGGCCGUAUCUGUCAAAAUUACGGUUAAAGGGUUAUUUCGCAUUUUUUGCCGAUCCGCACACAUUGGAAUUUCGCUAACUCCUCCGAAGGCUUUCGUUCCACCGGCACCACAUUUGCUCAGGCCAAUCUACACCCCGUGGCCAUUAAAAGUUAUCAAAAUCAUGACGCUGCACCCCAAGGUUUAGGUUCUAGGGGGCGCCAAAGAUAACACUAAAAUCCACAUAUUUAAAAGUCUUAUAACUUUUUAUUUUUGUCCUCACUGGCCUCCAAGUUUUCUAGGAUGAUGCAAUGUCCAGCCAUCAACACAUUUGUGAAGGAAUUUUUACUCCCCAAAAGAGCGCCCCCCCAUGGCAGGAGAAAAAAGUCCAUUUUUUCUUGUCCCCUAAGGUGAAAAUACACAUUGUUGAGUGUCAAGCCUAUACGCUUUGUCAAAAUGACACAAAAAUUGACACACACAUGUAACUCAAUAAGAUCUACAAAAAAGUCCAUGCGCGCGUAUCUGUCAAAUGUACAGUUAAAGGGUUAUUCCGCAUUUUUUGCCGAUACGCACACAUUGGAAUUUCGCUAACUCCUCCGAAGGCUUUCGUUCCACCGGCACCACAUUUGCUCAGGCCAAUCUACACCCCAUGGCCAUUAAAAGUUAUUCAAAUCAUGAUGCUGCACCCCAUGGUUUAGGUUCUAGGGGGCGCCAAAAAUAACCCAAAAAUCCACAUUCUUAAAUGUUUUAUAACUUUUUAUUUUUGUCCUCACUGGCCUCCAAGUUUUCUAGGAUGAUGCAAUGUCCAGCCAUCAACACAUUUGUGAAGGAAUUUUUACUCCCCAAAAGAGCGCCCCCCCAUGGUAGGAGAAAAAAGUCAAUUUUUUCUUGUCCCCUUACAUAAAAAUACACAUUGUUGAGUGUCACGCCUGAACGCUUUGUCAUAUUGACACAAAAAUUGACAAUCAUGUGUAUCUCAAUUAGAUCUACGAAAAAGUCAAAGAGCGCGUAUCUGUAUAAUGUACGGUUAAAGGGCUAUUUUGCAUUUUUUGCCGAUUCGCACACAUUGGAAUGUGGCUAUCUCCUCCUAAGGCUUUCGUCCCACCGAUACCAAAUUUGCUCAGGGCAAUCUACACCCCAUGCCCAUUCAAAGUUGUAAAAAUCAUGACGCUGCACCCCACGGUUUACGUUCUAGGGGGCGCCAAAGAUGACCCAAAAAUCCACAUUCUUAAAAGUCAUUUUGGCCACUGCAGGAGUACAGAGUACUGCAGUUCUAGGGGGCGCCAAAGAUGACCCAAAAAUCCACAUUCUUAAAAGUCUUUUUGGCCACUGCAGGAGUACAGAGUACUGCAGGAUACACACACAUAUACACACACGCCAACAUACACACACACACACACACACACACACACACACACACACACACACACACACACACACACACACACACACUCAGAGUCUGGUUUUUAGCACCUGCAAAAACAUGCUGUUUACAUAUUUGACAAGAAUGCAGAGGCUUCCUUUUGCCCCUGAAAAAAAUCAAAUUUCAAACACAACUUGACUGUUCAUUUCUCCAAAAGACAACCAUGAAGCUCCAUUUCAAACCUGAAGCAGAUAGUUGGUGCAUGUGUACAGUAACCUGAGGGGAGUGAGGUGACUAUUUCUGAGGAGAACAUGAGCAGUGAAGAUUCACCUUGGAGCUAGAACAGGGACGUGCACAUGAUUAUACAGGGGCAGGGGCUCAAGUUUUUUCCAGUCAUUUAUACAAUAUGGAAAUUAAUGUGAAAUUAAACCACAAAUAUGUGUGAUGAACUGUUUUUAAAACUUAAACUUCAAAUAAAAAUUGUAAACUUCAAAACAUAUGCAAAUUUUUAACAAAGAACAUAGUAAUUUACCUCUAUUUACAUCAAAAUGCAGGCAAUGGCCCAGGCGUUCUUUGUAAAAUUAUUUACAAAACACUGUAUAGUCUCACAAAUGUCACUUUUUAUUUAUGCCACUACAAAAAAACAUGAUGUAAAUGAUGCAUGAUGUAAAACAUGAUGUAAAAAACUUGUGUAGAUCCUCCUCUAUGUCAGUCCAUGUGUAAUUUUUCCAUAAUUCUUUGUUUUUUGCAGCAUUUUUGUUAGUGUAACUGCAGAUUGUGCUGACAGUGUCUAUGGCACAAAAAAAAAAAAAAAUUUUUAAUGCCUCAACAUGAACCCGUGGUGGUCUCUGAGGGUGAAACCUGCUAACUGCUGCAGCUCUGUCAGCUUCAGUCUCCCAUGCAGAGCUCUGAGCGCAUGUGUGGCUCUGCACCCUUAGCAGCGUUGCUAACUCCUCAGUAUGGAAAGCCUGCUUCAUGUCAGAGUCUCUAAACUCCAGAAGAAGUCGAUAAAAGUCCCUUUCUUUCUAAAAAAAAGUCGUUAGGGGGUCUGAAAAGUCAUUGAAUCUAACAACAAAGUCGCUAGGUUUGCAACUACGUGUCCCAGACUGCAUCCCUGCUGAGAGUCCCUCCCUCCCUUCUCAUGUUGCAGGAAGAACGUAAGCGCCCCCCUUGUCAAUCAGUCACCAUAUAAUUUUGGAUUGGUUGUUGUGGUGAAGUUUUCCACCAAUAGGAGAGAUGUUGUGGUGUGUUUUUUUUUUCUUUUGGCAAGCCUUUUCCGCCUGUAAGAACUGUCGCUAAUGUCUGCAUGCUAUGUUUUCCUGUCUCAUACAGCGCGAUCGAGCGCCGAACGUGAUCAAAAUAAGCAGAAAAAAAAUAUCGCGAACAUAAUUUAUCAUAACUCUGGUUUUAUUUGGCCUAUCAACACAAUUUAAAAACUGGUAUAUAGGUUGAGGUCCUCACUUUUGAGAUAAGUUGAAACGGAGAGUCAACGAGGCUCCGUCUUGCAGCUACAUCCGGUUAAAUAUGUCAUGUGACUUGAACGCACACACACAGACACACACACACGCACACACACACACACACACACACACACACACACACACACACACACACACACUCAGAGUCUGGUUUUUAGCACCUGCAAAAACAUGCUAUUUACAUAUUUGACAAGAAUGCAGAGGCUCCUUUUGCCCCUGAAAAAAAUCAAAUUUCAAACACAACUUGACUGGUCAUUUCUCCAAAAGACAACCAUGAAGCUCCAUCCAAACCUGAAGCAGGCAGUUGGUGCAUGUGUACAGUAACCUGAGGGGAGUGAGGUGAGUGCUUCUGAGGAGAACAUGAGCAGUGAAGAUUCACCUUGGAGCUAGAACAGAGACAUGCACAUGAUUAUACAGGGGCAGGGGCUCAAGUUUUUUCCAGUCGUUUAUACAAUAUGGAAAUUAAUGUGAAAUUAAAACACAAAGUAUUAAUAGAAAGGUAAUGACUGUCCUGUGUAGGUGACAGUGAUAUCCAAUAGGCUAGGCACUCACGAGGCUGGCUGUGGCAAGUGUAAGUGAAAGCAACACGCACUGGCAGGAAGAACAGCAAACGCCGAUGAAGGAAAAGGGUCUUUGCAGUGAUGGGCGUUACCAGAGAGGGCGAUGGCCAGAGGACACAAAUGGGACGGGGAGGCAGCACGUUGGGGGGGGGGGGGGGGGGACGCGACACGGCUCGGGCCCGCCAGUGCCCCAACGGGGUCCUAGUUUGUUAUUAGGGCCCGAGCCAGCUGCAGAGCAGCCGGGCGUAGAGCCCUAUUAUUCCUGAUGAGUUUUUCUUUCUUCUUUCUUUCUUUAGGGCCCGAGCGUAGCUGCUAAGCAGCUGCGAGAGCCCUCUUGUUCCUGCAUGUUUCCUUCUUUCGUUAUUAUUUUUCCUCCGCUUUAAACUGGAAAAUGGCCCACUUCCCACUGGCGAAAACUCAGGAAAUUUGGCAGGACGACCGGGCCUGGUGAAAAAUUCGAUAUUCUGAAGUCGCCCAAACAAUAAAAUGCAAAAUGGCUCCAUAGCGCCCCCUAAGGUGAAAAUUCACAUGACGGCUGUACGCUUUGUCAUAUUGACACAAAAAUUGACACACACAUGUAUCUCAAUAAGAUCUACAAAAAAGUCAGUGCGGGCGUAUCUGUCAAAUGUACGGUUAAUGGGUUAUUUUGCAUUUUUUGCAGAUCUGCACACAUUGGAAUUUCGCUAACUCCUCCGAAGGCUUUCGUACGACCGGCACCACAUUUGCGCAGGCCAAUCUACCCCCCAUGGCCAUUAAAAGUUGUACAAAUCAUGACGCUGCACCCCACGGUUUACGUUCUAGGGGGCGCCAAAGAUAACCCAAAAUCCACAUUCUUAAAAGUCUCAUAACUUUUUAUUUUUGUCCUCACUGCCCUCCAAGUUUUCUAGGAUGAUGCAAUGUCCAGCCAUCAACACAUUUGUGAAGGAAUUUUUACUCCCCAAAAGAGCGCCCCCCCAUGGCAGGAGAAAAAAGUCAAUUUUUUCUUGUCCCCUUACAUGAAAAUACACAUUGUUGAGUGUCAUGCCUGAACGCUUUGUCAUACUGACACAAAAAUUGACAAUCACGUGUAUCUCAAUUAGAUCUACGAAAAAGUCAAAAAGCGCGUAUCUGUAUAAUGUACGGUUAAAGGGCUAUUUCGCAUUUUUUGCCGAUUCGCACACAUUGGAAUGUGGCUAUCUCCUCCUAAGGCUUUCGUCCCACCGAUACCAAAUUUGCUCAGGGCAAUCUACACCCCAUGCCCAUUCAAAGUUGUAAAAAUCAUGACGCUGCACCCCACGGUUUACGUUCUAGGGGGCACCAAAGAUGACCCAAAAAUCCACAUUCUUAAAAGUCAUUUUGGCCACUGCAGGAGUACAGAGUACUGCAGUUCUAGGGGGCGCCAAAGAUGACCCAAAAAUCCACAUUCUUAAAAGUCUUUUUGGCCACUGCAGGAGUACAGAGUACUGCUGGAUACACACACAUACACACACACACACACACACACACACACACACACACACACACACACACACACUCAGAGUUUGUUUUUUAGCACCUGCAAAAACAUGCUGUUUACAUAUUUGACAAGAAUGCAGAGGCUUCCUUUUGCCCCUGAAAAAAAUCAGAUUUCAAACACAACUUGACUGUUCAUUUCUCCAAAAGACAACCAUGAAGCUCCAUCCAAACCUGAAGCAGAUAGUUGGUGCAUGUGUACAGUAACCUGAGGGGAGUGAGGUGACUAUUUCUGAGGAGAACAUGAGCAGUGAAGAUUCACCUUGGAGCUAGAACAGGGACGUGCAUAUGAUUAUACAGGGGCAGGGGCUCAAGUUUUUUCCAGUCAUUUAUACAAUAUGGAAAUUAAUGUGAAAUUAAACCACAAAUAUGUGUGAUGAACUGUUUUUAAAACUUAAACUUCAAAUAAAAAUUGUAAACUUCAAAACAUAUGCAAAUUUUUAACAAAGAACAUAGUAAUUUACCUCUAUUUACAUCAAAAUGCAGGCAAUGGCCCAGGCGUUCUUUGUAAAAUUAUUUACAAAACACUGUAUAGUCUCACAAAUGUCACUUUUUAUUUAUGCCACUACAAAAAAACAUGAUGUAAAUGAUGCAUGAUGUAAAACAUGAUGUAAAAAACUUGUGUAGAUCCUCCUCUAUGUCAGUCCAUGUGUAAUUUUUCCAUAAUUCUUUGUUUUUUGCAGCAUUUUUGUUAGUGUAACUGCAGAUUGUGCUGACAGUGUCUAUGGCACAAAAAAAAAAAAAAAAUUAAAAUGCCUCAACAUGAACCCCUGGUGGUCUCUGAGGGUGAAACCUGCUAACUGCUGCAGCUCUGUCAGCUUCAGUCUCCCAUGCAGAGCUCUGAGCGCAUGUGUGGCUCUGCACCCUUAGCAGCGUUGCUAACUCCUCAGUAAGGAAAGCCUGCUUCAUGUCAGAGUCUCUAAACUCCAGAGGAAGUCGAUAAAAGUCCCUUUCUUUCUAAAAAAAAGUCGUAAGGGGGUCUGAAAAGUCAUUGAAUCUAACAACAAAGUCGCUAGGUUUGCAACUACGUGUCCCAGACUGCAUCCCUGCUGAGAGUCCCUCCCUCGCUUCUCAUGUUGCAGGAAGAACGUAAGCGCCCGCCCCUUGUCAAUCAGUCACCAUAUAAUUUUGGAUUGGUUGUUGUGGUGAAGUUUUCCACCAAUAGGAGAGAUGUUGUGGUGUGUUUUUUUUUUCUUUUUGGCAAGCCUUUUCCGCCUGUAAGACCUGUCGCUAAUGUCUGCAUGCUAUGUUUUCCUGUCUCAUACAGCGCGAUCGAGCGCCGAACGUGAUCAAAAUAAGCAGAAAAAAAGUAUCGCGGACAUAAUUUAUCAUAACUCUGGUUUUAUUUGGCCUAUCAACACAAUUUAAAAACUGGUAUAUAGGUUGAGGUCCUCACUUUUGAGAUAAGUUGAAACGGAGAGUCAACGAGGCUCCGUCUUGCAGCUACAUCCGGUUAAAUAUGUCAUGUGACUUGAACGCACACACAGACACACACACACGCACACACACACACACACACACUCAGAGUCUGGUUUUUAGCACCUGCAAAAACAUGCUAUUUACAUAUUUGACAAGAAUGCAGAGGCUCCUUUUGCCCCUGAAAAAAAUCAAAUUUCAAACACAACUUGACUGGUCAUUUCUCCAAAAGACAACCAUGAAGCUCCAUCCAAACCUGAAGCAGGCAGUUGGUGCAUGUGUACAGUAACCUGAGGGGAGUGAGGUGAGUGCUUCUGAGGAGAACAUGAGCAGUGAAGAUUCACCUUGGAGCUAGAACAGAGACAUGCACAUGAUUAUACAGGGGCAGGGGCUCAAGUUUUUUCCAGUCGUUUAUACAAUAUGGAAAUUAAUGUGAAAUUAAAACACAAAGUAUUAAUAGAAAGGUAAUGACUGUCCUGUGUAGGUGACAGUGAUAUCCAAUAGGCUAGGCACUCACGAGGCUGGCUGUGGCAAGUGUAAGUGAAAGCAACACGCACUGGCAGGAAGAACAGCAAACGCCGAUGAAGGAAAAGGGUCUUUGCAGUGAUGGGCGUUACCAGAGAGGGCGAUGGCCAGAGGACACAAAUGGGACGGGAAGGCAGCACGUUGGGGGGGGGGGGGGACGCGACACGGCUCGGGCCCGCCAGUGCCCCAACGGGGUCCUAGUUCUUUCUUUCUUUCUUCUUAUUUUUCCUCCCCUUUGAAGGGGAAAAUGGCCCACUUCCCACUGGCGAAAACUCAUGACAUUUGGCAGGAUGACCGGGCCUGGUGAAAAAUUCGAUAUUCUGAAGUCGCCCAAACAAUAAAAUGCAAAAUGGCUCCAUAGCGCCCCCUAAGGUGGAAAUUCACACUAUUGACUGUCACGCCUGUACGCUUUGUCAUAUUGACACAAAAAUUGACACACACAUGUAUCUCAAUACGAUCUACAAAAAAGUCAGUGUGGGCGUAUCUGUCAAAUGUACGGUUAAAGGGUUAUUUCGCAUUUUUUGCCGAUCCGCACACAUUGGAAUUUCGCUAACUCCUCCGAAGGCUUUCGUUCCACCGGCACCAAAUUUGCUCAGGCCAAUCCACACCCCAUGGCCAUUAAAAGUUGUACAAAUCAUGACGCUGCACCCCACGGUUUAGGUUCUAGGGGGCGCCAAAGAUAACCCAAAAAUCCACAUUCUUAAAAGUCUUAUAACUUUUUAUUUUUGUCCUCACUGGCCUCCAAGUUCUCUAGGAUGAUGCAAUGUCCAGCAAUUAACACAUUUGUGAAGGAAUUUUUACUCGCCAAAAGAGCGCCCCCCCAUGGCAGGAGAAAAAAGUCCAUUUUUUUCUUGUCCCCUAAGGCGAAAAUACACAUUGUUGAGUGUCACGCCUGUACGCUUUGUCAUAUUGACACAAAAUUUGACAAUCACGUGUAUCUCAAUAAGAUCUACGAAAAAGUCAAUGUGCACGUAUCUGUAAAAUGUACGGUUAAAGGGCUAUUUCGCAUUUUUUGCCGAUUCGCACACAUUGGAAUGUGGCUAACUCCUCCUAAGGCUUUCGUUCCACUGACACCAAAUUUGCUCAGGCCAAUCUACACCCCAUGGCCAUUCAAAGUUGUAAAAAUCAUGACGCUGCACCCCACGGUUUACGUUCUAGGGGGCGCCAAAGAGGACCCAAAUAUCCACAUUUUUAAAAGUCUUAUAACUUUAUUUUUGUCCUCACUGGCCUCCAAGUUUUCUAGGAUGAUGCAAUGUUCAGUCAUCAACACAUUUGUGAAGGAAUUUUUUCUCCCCAAAAGAGCGCCCUCCCAUGGCAGGAGAAAAAGUCAAGUUUUUCCUGCCCAUCGCUCAAUGGCUCAAACGCAUCGCUCUCUCGGCAAAACCGAAAGGAGGAGCACCUUGCCAUUUGGAUAUAUACUAGCUGUGUUUGUGCCCUCACUCAUGGUCCAGACUUUUUUCAAAAAGGACAUGGAGUUUGUCUGCAGCGAGCGUUUUGGUAGAAACUGCGCCUCCCAUUCAUUAUAAUGGUAAAUGACCACAGACAAGUGCGCACACCAUCUUUGGACCUUGAGUGUGAUGCGAUCGGGAGGGGUAGGCGGUCGCGCUGGGGGCGGCGCGACACGGCUCGGGCCUGCCAGUGCCCCAACGGGGCCCUAGUUAUUAUUAUUAUUUUUCCUCCGCUUUAAACUGGAAAAUGGCCCACUUCCCACUGGCGAAAACUCAUGAAAUUUGGCAGGACGACCGGGCCUGGUGAAAAAUUCGAUAUUCUGAAGUCGCCCAAACAAUAAAAUGCAAAAUGGCUCCAUAGCGCCCCCUAAGGUGGAAAUUCACACUAUUGACUGUCACGUCUGUACGUUUUGUCAUAUUGACACAAAAAUUGACACACAUAUGUAUCUCAAUAAGAUCUACAAAAAAGUCAGUGCGGGCGUAUCUGUCAAAUGUACGGUUAAAGGGCUAUUUCGCAUUUUUUGCCGAUCCGCACACAUUGGAAUUUCGCUAACUCCUCCGAAGGCUUUCGUUCCACCGGCACCACAUUUGCUCAGGCCAGUCUACACCCCAUGGCCAUUAAAAGUUGUACAAAUCAUGACGCUGCACCCCACGGUUUAGGUUCUAGGGGGCGCCAAAGAUAACCCAAAAAUCCACAUUCUUAAAAGUCUUAUAACUUUUUAUUUUUGUCCUCACUGCCCUCCAAGUUUUCUAGGAUGAUGCAAUGUCCAGCCAUCAACACAUUUGUGAAGGAAUUUUUACUCCCCAAAAGAGCGCCCCCCCAUGGCAGGAGAAAAAAGUCAAUUUUUUCUUGUCCCCUUACAUGAAAAUACACAUUGUUGAGUGUCACGCCUGAACGCUUUGUCAUAUUGACACAAAAAUUGACAAUCAUGUGUAUCUCAAUUAGAUCUACGAAAAAGUCAAAGAGCGCGUAUCUGUAUAAUGUACGGUUAAAGGGCUAUUUCGCAUUUUUUGCCGAUUCGCACACAUUGGAAUGUGGCUAUCUCCUCCUAAGGCUUUCGUCCCACUGAUACCAAAUUUGCUCAGGGCAAUCUACACCCCAUGCCCAUUCAAAGUUGUAAAAAUCAUGACGCUGCACCCCACGGUUUACGUUCUAGGGGGCGCCAAAGAUGACCCAAAAAUCCACAUUCUUAAAAGUCAUUUUGGCCACUGCAGGAGUACAGAGUACUGCAGUUCUAGGGGGCGCCAAAGAUGACCCAAAAAUCCACAUUCUUAAAAGUCUUUUUGGCCACUGCAGGAGUACAGAGUACUGCAGGAUACACACACAUAUACACACACACCAACACACACACACACACACACACACACACACACACACACACACACACACACACACACACACACACACACUCACACACACACUCAGAGUCUGUUUUUUAGCACCUGCAAAAACAUGCUAUUUACAUAUUUGACAAGAAUGCAGAGGCUCCUUUUGCCCCUGAAAAAAAUCAAAUUUCAAACACAACUUGACUGUUCAUUUCUCCAAAAGACAACCAUGAAGCUCCAUCCAAACCUGAAGCAGAUAGUUGGUGCAUGUGUACAGUAACCUGAGGGGAGUGAGGUGACUAUUUCUGAGGAGAACAUGAGCAGUGAAGAUUCACCUUGGAGCUAGAACAGGGACGUGCACAUGAUUAUACAGGGGCAGGGGCUCAAGUUUUUUCCAGUCAUUUAUACAAUAUGGAAAUUAAUGUGAAAUUAAAAAACAAAGUAUUAAUAGAAAGGUUAUGACUGUCCUGUGUAGAUGACAGUGAUAUCCAAUAGGCUAGGCACUCACGAGGCUGGCUGUGGCAAGUGUAAGUGAAAGCAACACGCACUGGCAGGAAGAACAGCAAACGCCGAUGAAGGAAAGGGUCUUUGCAGUGAUGGGCGUUACCAGAGAGGACGAUGGCCAGAGGACGCGAAUGGGACGGGGAGGCAGCGCGUUGGGGGGGGCAGCGCGACACGGCUCGGGCCCGCCAGUGCCCCAACGGGGCCCUAGUUCGUUAUUUUUCCUCCGCUUUAAACUGGAAAAUGGCCCACUUCCCACUGGCGAAAACUCAGGAAAUUUGGCAGGACGACCGGGCCUGGUGAAAAAUUCGAUAUUCUGAAGUCGCCCAAACAAUAAAAUGCAAAAUGGCUCCAUAGCGCCCCCUAAGGUGAAAAUUCACAUGACGGCUGUACGCUUUGUCAUAUUGACACAAAAAUUGACACACACAUGUAUCUCAAUAAGAUCUACAAAAAAGUCAGUGCGGGCGUAUCUGUCAAAUGUACGGUUAAUGGGUUAUUUUGCAUUUUUUGCAGAUUCGCACACAUUGGAAUUUCGCUAACUCCUCCGAAGGCUUUCGUUCGACCGGCACCACAUUUGUGCAGGCCAAUCUACCCCCCAUGGCCAUUAAAAGUUGUACAAAUCAUGACGCUGCACCCCACGGUUUACGUUCUAGGGGGCGCCAAAAAUAACCCAAAAUCCACAUUCUUAAAAGUCUUAUAACUUUUUAUUUUUGUCCUCACUGCCCUCCAAGUUUUCUAGGAUGAUGCAAUGUCCAGCCAUCAACACAUUUGUGAAGGAAUUUUUACUCCCCAAAAGAGCGCCCCCCCAUGGCAGGAGAAAAAAGUCCUUUUUUUCUUGUCCCCUUACAUGAAAAUACACAUUGUUGAGUGUCACGCCUGAACGCUUUGUCAUAUUGACACAAAAAUUGACAAUCAUGUGUAUCUCAAUUAGAUCUACGAAAAAGUCAAAAAGCGCGUAUCUGUAUAAUGUACGGUUAAAGGGCUAUUUCGCAUUUUUUGCCGAUUCGCACACAUUGGAAUGUGGCUAUCUCCUCCUAAGACUUUCGUCCCACCGAUACCAAAUUUGCUCAGGGCAAUCUACACCCCAUGCCCAUUCAAAGUUGUAAAAAUCAUGAUGCUGCACCCCACGGUUUAGGUUCUAGGGGGCGCCAAAGAUAACCCAAAAAUCCACAGUCUUAAAAGUCUUAUAACUUUUAAUUUUUGUCCUGACUGGCCUCCAAGUUCUCUAGGAUGAUGCAAUGUCCAGCCAUCAACACAUUUGUGAAGGAAUUUUUACUCCCCAAAAGAGCGCCCCCUCAUGGCAGGAGAAAAAGUCAAGUUUUUGCCCAUCGCUCAAUGGCUCAAACGCAUCGCUCUCUCGGCAAAACCGAAAGGAGGAGCAACUUGCCAUUUGGAUAUAUACUAGCUGUGUUUGUGCCCUCACUCAUGGUCCAGACUUUUUUCAAAAAGGACAUGGAGUUUGUCUGCAGCGAGCGUUUUGGUAGAAACUGCGCCUCCCAUUCAUUAUAAUGGUAAAUGACCACAGACAAGUGCGCACACCAUCUUUGGACCUUGAGUGUGACGCGAUCGGGAGGGGUAGGCGGUCGCACUGGGGGCGGCGCGACACGGCUCGGGCCCGCCAGUGCCCCACCGGGGCCCUAGUUCCUGCAUGUUUCCUUCUUUCGUUAUUAUUUUUCCUCCGCUUUAAACUGGAAAAUGGCCCACUUCCCACUGGCGAAAACUCAGGAAAUUUGGCAGGACGACCGGGCCUGGUGAAAAAUUCGAUAUUCUGAAGUCGCCCAAACAAUAAAAUGCAAAAUGGCUCCAUAGCGCCCCCUAAGGUGAAAAUUCACAUGACGGCUGUACGCUUUGUCAUAUUGACACAAAAAUUGACACACACAUGUAUCUCAAUAAGAUCUACAAAAAAGUCAGUGCGGGCGUAUCUGUCAAAUGUACGGUUAAUGGGUUAUUUUGCAUUUUUUGCAGAUCUGCACACAUUGGAAUUUCGCUAACUCCUCCGAAGGCUUUCGUUCGACCGGCACCACAUUUGCGCAGGCCAAUCUACCCCCCAUGGCCAUUAAAAGUUGUACAAAUCAUGACGCUGCACCCCACGGUUUACGUUCUAGGGGGCGCCAAAGAUAACCCAAAAUCCACAUUCUUAAAAGUCUUAUAACUUUUUAUUUUUGUCCUCACUGCCCUCCAAGUUUUCUAGGAUGAUGCAAUGUCCAGCCAUCAACACAUUUGUGAAGGAAUUUUUACUCCCCAAAAGAGCGCCCCCCCAUGGCAGGAGAAAAAAGUCAAUUUUUUCUUGUCCCCUUACAUGAAAAUACACAUUGUUGAGUGUCACGCCUGAACGCUUUGUCAUAUUGACACAAAAAUUGACAAUCAUGUGUAUCUCAAUUAGAUCUACGAAAAAGUCAAAAAGCGCGUAUCUGUAUAAUGUACGGUUAAAGGGCUAUUUCGCAUUUUUUGCCGAUUCGCACACAUUGGAAUGUGGCUAUCUCCUCCUAAGGCUUUCGUCCCACCGAUACCAAAUUUGCUCAGGGCAAUCUACACCCCAUGCCCAUUCAAAGUUGUAAAAAUCAUGACGCUGCACCCCACGGUUUACGUUCUAGGGGGCGCCAAAGAUGACCCAAAAAUCCACAUUCUUAAAAGUCAUUUUGGCCACUGCAGGAGUACAGAGUACUGCAGUUCUAGGGGGCGCCAAAGAUGACCCAAAAAUCCACAUUCUUAAAAGUCUUUUUGGCCACUGCAGGAGUACAGAGAACUGCAGGAUACACACACACACACACACACACACACACACACACACACACACACACACACACACACACACACACACACACACACUCAGAGUCUGUUUUUUAGCACCUGCAAAAACAUGCUGUUUACAUAUUUGACAAGAAUGCAGAGGCUUCCUUUUGCCCCUGAAAAAAAUCAGAUUUCAAACACAACUUGACUGUUCAUUUCUCCAAAAGACAACCAUGAAGCUCCAUCCAAACCUGAAGCAGAUAGUUGGUGCAUGUGUACAGUAACCUGAGGGGAGUGAGGUGACUAUUUCUGAGGAGAACAUGAGCAGUGAAGAUUCACCUUGGAGCUAGAACAGGGACGUGCACAUGAUUAUACAGGGGCAGGGGCUCAAGUUUUUUCCAGUCAUUUAUACAAUAUGGAAAUUAAUGUGAAAUUAAACCACAAAUAUGUAUGAUGAACUGUUUUUAAAACUUAAACUUCAAAUAAAAAUUGUAAACUUCAAAACAUAUGCAAAUUUUUAACAAAGAACAUAGUAAUUUACCUCUAUUUACAUCAAAAUGCAGGCAAUGGCCCAGGCGUUCUUUGUAAAAUUAUUUACAAAACACUGUAUAGUCUCACAAAUGUCACUUUUUAUUUAUGCCACUACAAAAAAACAUGAUGUAAAUGAUGCAUGAUGUAAAACAUGAUGUAAAAAACUUGUGUAGAUCCUCCUCUAUGUCAGUCCAUAUGUAAUUUUUCCAUAAUUCUUUGUUUUUUGCAGCAUUUUUGUUAGUGUAACUGCAGAUUGUGCUGACAGUCUAUGGCAAAAAAAACAAAAACUGAAAAUGCCUCAACAUGAACCCCUGGUGGUCUCUGAGGGUGAAACCUGCUAACUGCUGCAGCUCUGUCAGCUUCAGUCUCCCAUGCAGAGCUCGGAGCGCAUGUGUGGCUCUGCACCCUUAGCAGCGUUGCUAACUCCUCAGUAAGGAAAGCCUGCUUCAUGUCAGAGUCUCUAAACUCCAGAAGAAGUCGAUAAAAGUCCCUUUCUUUCUAAAAAAAAGUCGUUAGGGGGUCUGAAAAGUCAUUGAAUCUAACAACAAAGUCGCUAGGUUUGCAACUACGUGUCCCAGACUGCAUCCCUGCUGAGAGUCCCUCCCUCCCUUCUCAUGUUGCAGGAAGAACGUAAGCGCCCGCCCCUUGUCAAUCAGUCACCAUAUAAUUUUGGAUUGGUUGUUGUGGUGAAGUUUUCCACCAAUAGGAGAGAUGUUGUGGUGUGUUUUUUUUUCUUUUGGCAAGCCUUUUCCGCCUGUAAGACCUGUCGCUAAUGUGUGCAUGCUAUGUUUUCCUGUCUCAUACAGCGCGAUCGAGCGCCGAACGUGAUCAAAACAAGCAGAAAAAAAGUAUCGCGGACAUAAUUUAUCAUAACUCUGGUUUUAUUUGGCCUAUCAACACAAUUUAAAAACUGGUAUAUAGGUUGAGGUCCUCACUUUUGAGACCUAACUCUCAGAUGAAUCUUCAAAAUUCACCUCAGAAAUAUGCUUAUUAUUCUUCUCAGAGUACUGCAGGAUACACACACACACACACACAGACACACACGCACACACACACACACACACACACACACACACUCAGAGUCUGUUUUUUAGCACCUGCAAAAACAUGCUAUUUACAUAUUUGACAAGAAUGCAGAGGCUUCCUUUUGCCCCUGAAAAAAAUCAAAUUUCAAACACAACUUGACUGGUCAUUUCUCCAAAAGACAACCAUGAAGCUCCAUCCAAACCUGAAGCAGGCAGUUGGUGCAUGUGUACAGUAACCUGAGGGGAGUGAGGUGAGUGCUUCUGAGGAGAACAUGAGCAGUGAAGAUUCACCUUGGAGCUAGAACAGGGACGUGCACAUGAUAAUACAGGGGCAGGGGCUCAAGUUUUUUCCAGUCGUUUAUACAAUAUGGAAAUUAAUGUGAAAUUAAAAAACAAAGUAUGACUGUCCUGUGUAGGUGACAGUGAUAUCCAAUAGGCUAGGCACUCACGAGGCUGGCUGUGGCAAGUGUAAGUGAAAGCAACACGCACUGGCAGGAAGAACAGCAAACGCCGAUGAAGGAAAAGGGUCUUUGCAGUGAUGGGCGUUACCAGAGAGGGCGAUGGCUGGAGGAAACGAAUGGGACGGGGAGGCAGCGCGUUGGGGGGGGGGGGGGGGGGGUGCGACACGGCUCGGGCCCGCCAGUGCCCCAACGGGGCCCUAGUUGUUGUUGUUGCUGUUAAACUACAAAGUUUUGCACGUAUCAUUUCAUAUCAUGUAGAUGGGUCUUUAGUCAUUUUCAUUACCGUUCCAGAUUCUGAAGACCACUGGGAACUGGUUUAAAGCAGAACUAAACGGAGCCGAGGGGUUUGUCCCCAAAAACUUCAUUGACAUUCAUCUGCCCAGGUAAAUUCACCUGAAGCCAGAAGAAAACCAAAAAUAGUUACAGAAAAUCCAAAGCUGUUUGAAAACUAUCUUUAAAUCUUCAAAUCUUGAAGCUAACCAGACGUCUUUGGAGGAUUUGUUAAACUUCAUGUCUGUUAUUUUCUGCCUCCUCUGACCAGCUGGUACCAAGAAGACUGCAGCCGCAGCGACGCGCAAGAGAAGCUGACGUCCCAGCCUGUGGGGGCCUUCAUUAUUCGAGGAAGCCAAAACUCGACACCGCGUGACUUUUCCCUCUCUGUCAGGUGUGUCCAGUAUGUGUCUGCUCUUCCUCUUAGCAUGAGAUAUAGCUAAUGCUGCGACAAUAGACCAUUUUCUAUCGUCACCAUCUAGCUCAGGACAGGAGUUAGUUAUACUUCUGUGUUUUAAGACCCACACUGUUUAAAUAUUUAUUUUACAUACAAAAUACGAAUUUUUGUGACUUAACCGCUCACUGAUUAAUAAGCCGCUACAAAGACAGUGAAGAGUGAAUAGCUGGAGUGAAAUUAGACCACAUUUAAAGUCAAGAAGCAUAGUGAGGACUCAUUUGCUAACAUCAGCUACUUUUCUUUUAAACAGUUUUGUUUUUAAAACCACUGAUGCAUUGGAAAAUUGAUUCCUUCAUUGCUGACUACCUUAGUAGCACUAAAAUACUCUGUGUAAUGCUCUAUUUUUAAACUUUAUGCAAGCUCUAACUAAGAUUUAACUACUUUUCAGUGUCAAACUAGACUUAAGAUUUGGGCCCUUAAUUGCAAUUUAAUUGUACAGUUUUCUUAUUUUAGACUAUUAAUCCGCCAAAGAGUCCAGAUUACAACUAUUUAUUAAUUCAGAUGAACUGCUUUCAUCCUUUAAAGGGGCUGGGCUGUAAUAUGGUCAUUUCUGUGACCUAAUGAAAGCUGUAAAUGAAAGUGAUGGUGCUGAAUGCUGACAGCUACAGAGACAGCUUUUUCCGCCUGUCUACAGUCUUAUGUUUGUUGUCAGGGCUGUCGCAUUACCAAAUUUUCACCUCAUGAUCAUCAGAGGCCUGAAUUAUCACAAUAAUGAUAUCAUUACAUUAUUUUAUACAAAACCUGACAAUGAAACUGCACAAUCUGUCAAAUUUAGGAAAGACAAGACAAGGAUCGAGCGUCUUUGUUACACACAGUUAACUUACACGUCGUCAUCCAUAUAACUUCUUUCAAGAGGAGGUUGCAGUUGUUUGUCCUGCUCUUAUUUUGAUAUUUUGUCCGUAUUUCUUUAUAUCCUGCAAUGUCAAAUUGUAACUCAGGUAUUGACCCAUUAGAGGGUGGUGUUUUGAGGUCAAAGGUCACUGUCAGACCCUUUCUUUAAACUAUAACUGAGGAAUUCAUACAAUAAAUGUCAUGCCAUUUUGAUUGUUUCUAUAUGAGGAAAGUAUCUUGAGAUGUAUAGUUUUUAAAGGCUGAAUGUGACGUGCUCCCUUUAGUUUCCUUUUUUGGGAACAGUAUAAUGACAGUCUCAUGCUCUGCAGAAAAACACGAAGAGAGGACUUUCAUCUUCUUUCAUAGGAUCAAUAUUUUUGCAUUUUUAAGUGUUGCAUUAGAUGCCUGUCAGUCUGUUUCUCUUCUCUGUUGACCCAUGUCAGAGGUCCUUUCUCCCUCCCUCUUUGUUCACAUUUCAUCAAUGUGGUCUUAAUAGAGAUAGCCACAAUCAGCUCUUGGUUUUGCUACUUCCUGCAGAAACUUUCUCAGAGACUUUCAGCUUGCUGCACCUUCUUUCUCAGAAACUCUUCAGCUUGUUGCAUUGUUAUAUUCUUGCAGGAUUUCAUAACUAAUGUGUAAUAAUGUGUAAUACUAAUGUGUAUAGUGUAACCCACACAGGAAAUAAAGAGAUGCAGAGUAAUUAGGCAAGGUCAGAGUGCAAGAGUAAGAGGAAGAGGAUGACAGAAAAGAGAGAUCCCUCAAUGACAGAAACUAUGAGUAUUAAGGUGCAGCAGACCUGUUAUUUAGGUUCUCUGUAUUUAUGGACCUAGGUCAGCCUUGUAGACCCGUUAAUGUCAAGUGAUCCAAGGGUCUUGCUACUUCAUUUUUACAAAGAUUAACUGACCAGGUCUUAAACACUGGAUUAAAUUUCCUGAUUUCCUUUCACAGGUUUGUGGCAGUUUGUGUUUUGAGAAUAUUUCUAUUUAUCCCUCAAAGAAGCAUAACAAGUUGAAGAGUAAAGGUAUUUAUCUGUUUGUGACUCCCCUGCAGGCAUGUAGAAGAUGUGCAGCACUUUAAGGUGCUGCGUGACAGCAGGGGGCAGUAUUACCUGUGGUCAGAAAAGUUCUCAUCUAUUAACCAGCUGGUGGAAUAUUACAAACACAUCUCUAUCUCCAAAGAGACCCAGAUAUUUCUUCGAGAAAUGCAACCGCCGGUAAGAAAACAAACACUGGUGAAAUAAACAUUUUAAAAAAGCACACUGGAAUGUUUCAUGUUGUGAUUUGAGCAGAAAUACUGAAGAGUCCUGAAUAAGGUAGAGUUGUAUUUGUCAAACUUGAACGUGUUUGUGCUCCAACAGCAAAAAAGACGUGUUCGCAUGAAACCACCUCCACCUGCACCUCCACUGCCUGACCGCUCACCUGUACCUGCACCACGAAAGGUAUGUGUUUACAUGCUGUUCAUCUUACAAAAUCAAUGUCUAGUUUUUUUAAAUAAGAUAUUUCAUGCUACAUUAUCGCAAAAUUGAAAAAGCUAAUUGAAUUUUAUUAAAAUUCAUAAGCGUAGGAAUAUGUGUUUUUGUACAGUAAACAUUCUGCAUAAAUUAAAGAACUGAGCAGAAGAAUCAGAAUCAGAAUCGACUUUAUUGUCAUUGUACACAGUACAACGAAAUUUGAGUGCCGCUCCCUUUGGUGCAAAAACAAUGGUAAUAAAUAAAUACUUAAAUGAAAGCCAUUUAAAAACACAAAGAUAAGAUAAGAAUAAGAAGAAAAAGUAAAAAGGCAGUAUUGGUAAAGAAGCAGUAAACAUUAAAGGGAUAUUUUAGUAUAUUCAAAGUGAGGUUGUAUGAGUUUUAUGUCACUUAGUAAUGUACUAGCCACCAUAGUCCCUGUCAGUUCUGCCACUUUAAUAAGAAUCUGCAGGUAGGAAGGCAGUCAAGCUCAGCUACAGUUUUCUGCAGGUGAGUCCAAGUCUGUCACGUAAUUUAACCAGUGUUACCCACUCAUCUGGGUUUCAGUGUAUGCUCUUCUCAGUAAUGACUGAUGUUCUCCUGCUUGAGAAGUCUAAAACAAACUACAGCGUUCAGCACAGCAGUGGAUUUUGAUCAUUGUGUGAUGCAGGCCUUAUGUGACAGGCUGGUUUCACAAAGCAAGUAGUUUUCUUGUAGCGGGUUCACAAUUUACACACUUGCACCACUAGGUAACUUGGGAUCCAUCCUGCUCUCCAGUUAGGAAGUUUCUCCCCUUUCUUCUUCCAUGUAUUAACCGGGUUUAUACCAGAAUCAUAGAGUUACAUUUACUACCUUUUACUACCCCGCAAAUACCCUGACUAAGGUAUCAGGGUAUAGGCCUUCUGAUGACAAAGUGCUGAAAUGUUCUCAGAGAUGAGUUAUUGGGUUGUAGUCUCUCAGAAUAAACUAAAUUACACGGUUGAGCUGGAUUUGUCUGCAGAAACCUCUAGCCUAGCUUACAUGCCUGUUCACUUUCUCAUUAAAAAAAACAGAACUAACUCACAUCCACUGUGGCGAGCACACUUAAAAAUGACUUGCAGGUCAUUAAACCCCACAUCAAAAACACUGAAAUAUCCCUUGAAGUUACUUUUUCAAAAAUAUUGAUCAUAUGUAGCUUAUUGGCAUUGUCUAAGGCGCAGGAUAUAAAUGCAUCUUUCCCAAAAAAAAACAUUUAAAAUUAAACCUUUAAAGUUUAAUGGUCUUGUUUGUGCACUAAGUCAGGGGUCUAGCUGUCUGUAUCUCAUCAUGAAUGGCUUCCUCCUCUGCAGCUCAAAUCCUCCCCCAAGCAGCGGGUCAGAGCUCUGUAUGGUUUCUAUGCUGAGGAGAUGGAUGAGCUGGAUUUUGACGCUGGGGAUAUCAUCACCGUCUUGGAUUGCUCACACAACGCCUGGUGGAGGGGUGAGCUGAGAGGCAAAAUAGGCCUGUUCCCCUCCAACUACACCAAACCUCUCUGAGAAGAGCCAGUACAGACUCCUUGAUGUUGUUGCUUUAAAAAUGACAAGAAAUGUUGUAAAGCACACAACACAAGUUCAGAAAGAGAAAAACAAUAUUACUUUAUUUUGAUCACUUAACUGCAGCUUU